GAGCAGUCGUGCAUUCCCAGCCUCGCCUCGGGUGUAGGGAUUGCAUAGAAAAGCAAAACUACACAGUCAAGACUGUGUAGUUUUGUUUUUAGGUUUAGAGGCUCACCGAUUCAUGUCGGAGAUGGUCAGAAAAACCAACUCUACAUAGGACGUCGUUUCAGAAGCAACCUUGGGCUUAGUCCCACCCUUUUUAGGCACUCCUGAGAGAUCAGAGUGCCUAAGAAGAUGACAACUCAAGCACCGACGUUUACGCAGCCGUUACAAAGCGUUGUGGUACUGGAGGGUAGUACCGCAACCUUUGAGGCUCAUAUUAGUGGUUUCCCAGUUCCUGAGGUGAGCUGGUUCAGGGAUGGCCAGGAAAUUUCUACUUCCACGCUGCCCGGCGUGCAGAUCUCCCUUAGCGAUGGCCGCGCUAAGCUGGUGAUCCCCGCCGUGACUAAAGCCAACAGUGGACGAUACUCCCUGAGAGCUACCAAUGGAUCUGGACAAGCGACUAGUACUGCUGAGCUUCUCGUGACAGCAGAGACAGCACCACCCAACUUCGUUCAACGACUGCAGAGCAUGACCGUGAGACAAGGAAGCCAAGUGAGACUCCAAGUGAGAGUGACUGGAAUCCCUACACCUGUGGUGAAGUUCUAUCGGGAUGGAGCCGAAAUCCAGAGCUCCCUUGAUUUUCAAAUUUCACAAGAAGGCGACCUCUACAGCUUACUAAUUGCAGAAGCAUACCCUGAAGAUUCUGGAACCUAUUCAGUAAAUGCUACCAAUAGCGUUGGAAGAGCUACUUCGACUGCUGAAUUGCUGGUUCAAGGUGAAGAAGUAGUACCCGCUAAAAAGACAAAGACAAUUGUUUCGACUGCUCAGAUUUCGGAAACAAGACAAACCCGAAUUGAAAAGAAGAUUGAAGCCCACUUUGAUGCCAGAUCAAUUGCAACAGUUGAGAUGGUCAUGGACGGUGCUGCUGGGCAACAGCUGCCACAUAAAACACCUCCCAGGAUUCCUCCUAAGCCAAAGUCAAGGUCUCCAACACCACCAUCCAUUGCUGCCAAAGCACAGCUGUCUCGACAGCAGUCUCCAUCACCAAUAAGACACUCCCCUUCCCCGGUCAGACAUGUGCGGGCACCGACCCCGUCUCCAGUCAGGUCCGUGUCUCCAGCCGCAAGGAUCUCCACGUCCCCCAUCAGAUCCGUGAGGUCUCCGUUACUCACACGUAAGACCCAGGCAUCUGCCCUGGCCACAGGCCCUGAAGUGCCUCCCCCGUGGAAGCAGGAGGGCUACGUGGCCUCCUCAACUGAGGCUGAGAUGAGAGAGACGACGCUGACAAGCUCGACUCAGAUCCGGAGGGAAGAGCGGUGGGAAGGGAGAUACGGCGUCCAGGAGCAAGUGACCAUCAGCGGAGCUGCGGGCGCUGCCGCCAGGGUGUCGGCCGAGGCUGUCGAGGCCGGCGCGAAGGAGGUGAAACAAGAAACUGACAAAAGUGCAGCUGUUGCGACUGUCGUUGCUGCUGUUGAUAUGGCGAGAGUGAGAGAACCAGUUAUCAGCGCUGUAGAGCAGACUGCUCAGAGGACAACUACAACCACGACUGCUGUGCGCGUCCAACCUGCUCAGGAACAGGUACGAAAAGAGGCGGAGAGGACUGCUGUAACUAAGGUAGCAGUGGCCGCCGAUAAAACCAAAGAACAGGAAUUAAAAACAAGAGCCAGAGAAGUAAUUACCACAAAGCAAGAGCAGAUGCACGUAACUCAUGAGCAGAUAAGAAAAGAAACUGAAAAAACAUUUGUACCAAAGGUAGUAAUUUCUGCUGCCAAAGCCAGAGAACAAGAAACUAGAAUUACUGGAGAAAUUACUACAAAACAAGAACAAAAAGAAGUAACUCAAAAAACAAUAAUGAAGGAAACUAGAAAAACAGUGGUACCUAAAGUCAUAGUUGCCACACCCAAAGUCAAAGAACAAGAUUUAGUAUCAAGAAGUAGAGAAGGCAUCACUACCAAAAGAGAACAAGUUCAAAUAACUCAGGAAAAGAUGAGAAAGGAAGCUGAGAAAACUGCCUUGUCUACGAUAGCAGUUGCGACUGCUAAAGCCAAAGAACAAGAAACAAUACUGAGAACUAGAGAAGGAAUGGCUGCUAGACAAGAACAAAUCCAGGUUACCCAUGGAAAGGUGGACAUUGGAAAGAAGGCUGAAGCUGUAGCAACAGUUGUUGCUGCGGUAGACCAGGCUCGUGUUAGAGAGCCCAGAGAACCCAGGCCUCCUGAAGAGUCCUACGCUCAGCAGACCACUUUGGAGUACGGAUAUAAGGAACAGGUUUCUGCCGCAAAGGUAGCUGAGCACCCCCAGCGUCCAGCCUCAGUACCCCAUGUUGUCCCGAAAGCAGUCAAGCCUAGAGUGAUCCAGGCUCCUUCUGAGACUCAUAUCAAAACUACUGAUCAAAUGGGAAUGCAUAUAUCAUCACAGAUCAAGACAACUACAGAUCUAACAACUGAAAGAUUAGUCCAUGUGGAUAAACGCCCCCGCACCGCAAGCCCUCACUUUACCGUUUCAAAAAUUUCUGUUCCUAAGACGGAACAUGGAUACGAGGCGUCAAUAGCCGGUAGUGCUAUUGCUACAUUGCAAAAAGAGUUGUCAGCCACAUCUUCUGCUCAGAAGAUCACCAAAUCGGUGAAGGCUCCUACCGUGAAGCCCACUGAGGCCAGAGUAAGGGCAGAGCCCACCCCGUCGCCACAGUUCCCCUUCACUGGCCCACCAGAUACUUAUAAGAGUCAGGCUGGCAUUGAAGUGAAAAAGGAAGUAGGGGUGAGCAUCACUGGCACCACCGUCCGUGAAGAGCACCUCGAAGUCCUACACGGGCGUGCAGCCAAGGUAACAGAAACAGCAAGAGUGCCCGCACCUGUUGAAGUUCCUGUGACUCCACCAACUUUGGUCUCGGGCUUAAAAAAUGUGACUGUCAUAGAAGGUGAAUCUGUCACCUUAGAGUGCCACAUCUCUGGAUACCCAUCCCCAACAGUGACAUGGUACAGGGAAGACUACCAAAUCGAAAGUUCCAUUGACUUCCAGAUAACCUUCCAGAGUGGAAUCGCUCGUCUGAUAAUUCGCGAAGCCUUCGCAGAAGACAGCGGGCGAUUCACUUGCACUGCUGUGAACGAGGCUGGAACCGUCAGCACGUCCUGCUAUCUAGCUGUCCAGGUGUCAGAAGAAUUUGAAAAGGAAACAACUGUGGCUGAGAAAUAUACCACAGAAGAGAAACGCUUUGUCGAAUCAAGAGAUGUGGUAAUGACUGACACUAGCAUCACAGAAGAACAAGCAGGGCCAGGAGAACCUACUGCACCCUUCUUCAUUACAAAACCAGUGGUCCAGAAGCUGGUGGAAGGUGGGAGCGUGGCGUUCGUAUGCCAGGUUGGCGGCAACCCAAGGCCCCAUGUCUACUGGAAAAAAUCUGGUGUUCCUCUAACCACUGGAUACAGAUACAAAGUGAGUUACAACAAACAAACCGGUGAAUGCAAACUGGUGAUUUCUAUGACUUUUGCCGAUGAUGCUGGAGAAUACACUAUUGUUAUUCGUAACAAGCAUGGAGAAAUUUCUGCAUCAGCUUCCUUGCUUCAAGAAGCUGAAUAUGAGUCACUGAUGAAGUCUCAGCAAGAAAUGCUUUAUCAGACGCAAGUGACUGCAUUUGUUGAAGAACCCAAAGUUGGAGAAAUAGCACCUGGUUUUGGAUAUUCUGACUAUGAAAAAGAGUAUGAAAAAGAACAGGCCUUAAUUAGAAAGAAGAUGGCCAAAGACACUGUAGUGGUCAGAACUUUUGUAGAAGACCAGGAAUUCCAUAUUUCUUCCUUUGAAGAGAGGCUUAUUAAGGAAAUUGAAUAUAGAAUAAUAAAGACUACAUUAGAAGAACUUCUUGAAGAAGAUGGAGAAGAGAAGAUGGCAGUUGACGUUUCCGAAUCCGAAGCUGUUGAAUCAGCAUUUGAAUUAAGAAUCAAGAAUUACAGAAUUCUCGAGGGGAUGAGUGUCACUUUUCAUUGCAAGAUGUCUGGAUAUCCAUUACCCAAGAUUGCAUGGUACAAAGAUGGCAAGCGCAUCAAACAUGGAGAAAGAUACCAAAUGGACUUUCUACAGGAUGGCAGAGCUAGUCUGCGCAUACCUGUUGUUCUUCCAGAAGAUGAAGGAAUCUAUACGGCAUUUGCCAGCAACAUGAAAGGAAAUGCAAUUUGCUCUGGGAAGCUGUAUGUGGAGCCUGCCGCACCAUUUAGUGCUCCAACUUACAUACCCACACCAGAGCCAGUGAGCAGAAUCAGAUCUAUCUCUCCACGCUCAGUGAGCAGGUCUCCUAUACGCAUGUCCCCAGCAAGAAUGUCCCCUGCACGAAUGUCCCCUGCAAUGUCCCCUGCAAGGAUGUCCCCUGCACGGAUGUCCCCUGGACGUAGGCUGGAGGAAACAGAUGAGUCACAACUUGAGAGACUAUAUAAGCCAGUCUUUGUGCUAAAACCCACUUCUUUCAAAUGUUUAGAAGGGCAGACUGCCAGAUUUGACUUAAAGGUCGUGGGUAGACCCAUGCCAGAGACACUCUGGUUUCAUGAUGGCCAGCAAAUUGUCAAUGACUAUACUCAUAAAGUGGUCAUUAAAGAAGAUGGUACUCAGUCACUAAUCAUCGUCCCAGCAACACCCAGUGAUUCUGGGGAAUGGACUGUGGUUGCCCAAAACAGGGCAGGCAGAUCUUCAAUUUCAAUGCUUUUAACUGUGGAAGCUGUGGAACAUCAGAUAAAACCCAUGUUUGUGGAAAAACUGAAAAAUGUCAACAUAAAGGAAGGUUCCCGACUUGAAAUGAAAGUCAGAGCUACAGGCAACCCCAACCCUGACAUCGUAUGGUUGAAAAAUAGCGACAUCAUUGUACCUCAUAAAUAUCCCAAAAUCAGAAUUGAAGGAACCAAGGGAGAAGCUGCCCUUAAAAUCGAAUCCACUGUCAGCCAAGACUCCGCCUGGUAUACUGCAACUGCUAUUAACAAGGCUGGCCGAGACACCACAAGAUGUAAAGUCAAUGUUGAAGUUGAGUUUGCAGAGCCUGAACCAGAGAGAAGAUUAAUCAUCCCUCGAGGAACAUACAGAGCAAAGGAGAUCGCAGCCCCAGAACUGGAGCCCCUCCACUUGCGAUAUGGUCAAGAACAAUGGGAAGAGGGUGACCUCUAUGACAAAGAGAAACAACAGAAACCAUUUUUCAAGAAAAAACUCACUUCCUUAAGACUCAAACGCUUUGGGCCUGCCCACUUUGAAUGCAGGCUUACACCGAUUGGUGACCCAACGAUGGUGGUGGAAUGGCUCCACGAUGGGAAGCCACUCGAAGCAGCCAACAGGCUCCGCAUGAUCAAUGAGUUCGGGUACUGCAGCCUUGACUAUGCAGUGGCAUAUUCUAGAGACAGUGGUAUCAUUACCUGCAGAGCCACGAACAAAUACGGAACAGAUCACACUUCUGCUACCCUUAUUGUGAAAGAUGAGAAAAGCCUUGUGGAAGAAUCACAGUUGCCUGAGGGGAGAAAAGGCUUACAGAGAAUUGAAGAGUUAGAGAGAAUGGCUCACGAAGGUGCACUUACUGGUGUAACCGUGGAUCAGAAAGAAAAGCAGAAGCCGGACAUCGUCUUAUUCCCAGAGCCAGUAAGAGUCCUUGAAGGGGAGACCGCUAGGUUCCGCUGCCGAGUCACAGGCUACCCUCAGCCCAAAGUCAACUGGUACCUCAAUGGACAGCUCAUCCGUAAAAGCAAAAGGUUCAGAGUUCGCUACGAUGGCAUUCAUUACCUGGACAUCGUGGAUUGCAAAUCCUACGACACAGGUGAAGUGAAGGUCACCGCAGAAAAUCCUGAAGGUGUGAUAGAACAUAAAGUGAAACUCGAGAUCCAACAGAGGGAAGACUUUAGGUCUGUCCUUAGGCGAGCUCCUGAACCAAAGCCUGAAUUUCAUGUACACGAACCAGGAAAACUUCAGUUUGAAGUGCAGAAGGUGGAUAGGCCUGUUGAUACCACAGAAAAAGAAGUUGUCAAGUUGAAAAGGGCUGAAAGAAUUACCCAUGAAAAAGUGUCUGAAGAGUCGGAAGAGCUGCGUAGUAAGUUCAAGCGCAGAACAGAGGAGGGAUAUUAUGAAGCCAUCACUGCUGUGGAGCUCAAGUCUCGUAAGAAGGAUGACUCCUAUGAGGAGCUCCUAAAGAAGACGAAAGAUGAACUUCUCCACUGGACCAAGGAGUUAACCGAAGAGGAGAAGAAAGCCCUUAUGGAAGAAGGCAAAAUCACUAUUCCAACUUUUAAACCUGAUAAAAUUGAACUAAGUCCUAGUAUGGAGGCCCCCAAAAUCUUUGAAAAAAUCCAAAGCCAAACAGUGGGUCAAGGAUCUGAUGCACACUUCCGGGUCAGAGUUGUGGGGAAGCCAGACCCUGAAUGUGAAUGGUACAAAAAUGGGGUGAAGAUUGAACGGUCCGACCGCAUCUACUGGUACUGGCCUGAGGACAAUGUUUGUGAACUGGUCAUAAGAGAUGUGACUGCCGAGGACUCUGCCAGCAUUAUGGUCAAAGCCAUCAACAUAGCUGGGGAAACCUCCAGUCAUGCAUUCUUACUUGUCCAAGCCAAGCAAUUGAUCACUUUCACACAGGACUUACAAGAUGUUGUUGCUAAGGAAAAAGACACCAUGGCAACCUUUGAAUGCGAAACUUCAGAGCCAUUUGUCAAAGUGAAAUGGUAUAAAGAUGGUAUGGAAAUUCAUGCAGGAGAUAAAUACAAGAUGCACUCUGACAGGAAGGUCCACUUCCUCUCCAUACUGACCAUUGACGCAUCUGAUGCUGAAGACUACAGCUGUGCACUUGUGGAAGAUGAAGACGUCAAAACAACAGCAAAACUUACUGUGGAAGGUGCAGUUGUUGAGUUUGUGAAAGAACUUCAGGACAUAGAAGUUCCAGAAUCAUUCUCAGGAGAGUUAGAGUGUAUCGUAACCCCAGAAAAUAUAGAAGGCAAAUGGUAUCAUAAUGGCGUGGAGCUUAAAUCCAAUGGGAAAUACACAAUUACAUCUCGCCGUGGACGUCAGAACCUCACAGUCAAGGAUGUAACCAAAGAAGACCAGGGAGAAUACACCUUUGUCAUUGAUGGGAAAAAGACAGCCUGUAAACUAAAGAUGAAGCCCCGCCCCAUUGCCAUCCUACAAGGACUUAGUGAUCAGAAAGUCUGCGAGGGUGACAUUGUUCAGCUUGAAGUUAAAGUCUCCUUAGAAAAUGUGGAAGGCGUCUGGAUGAAGGAUGGGCAGGAGGUGCAGCCCAGCGACAGGGUUCACGUUGUGAUAGACAAACAGUCUCACAUGCUGCUCAUUGAAGACAUGACUAAGGAAGAUGCCGGAAACUACUCCUUCACCAUUCCAGCCCUUGGGCUCUCCACCAGCGGCCGCGUCUCCGUCUACAGUGUUGAUGUGGUAACACCUCUAAAAGAUGUCAACGUGCUUGAGGGUACCAAGGCUGUGCUCGAAUGUAAGGUCUCAGUCCCGGAUGUGACUUCCGUUAAAUGGUACUUAGAUGAUGAGCAGAUCAAGCCUGAUGAUCGCGUGCAGGCCAUUGUCAAAGGCACAAAGCAGCGACUAGUGAUAAACCGGACUCACGCGUCAGACGAGGGGCCUUACAAGCUCAUGGUUGGCAGAGUGGAAACCAGCUGUAAUCUCUCUGUAGAAAAAAUUAAAAUCAUCAGAGGUCUUCAUGACCUUACCUGUACAGAAACACAAAAUGUGGUCCUGGAGGUUGAGCUGUCCCACUCAGGAAUUGAUGUCUUGUGGAAUUUUAAGGAUAAAGAGAUCAAACCCAGUUCUAAAUAUAAAAUUGAAGCUCAUGGGAAAAUAUACAAACUGACAGUGCUAAAUAUGAUGAAGGAUGAUGAAGGGAAAUAUACAUUUUAUGCUGGAGAAAACAUGACAUCUGGAAAACUUAAUGUGGCAGGUGGGGCCAUCUCCAAGCCACUCACAGAUCAGACUGUGGCUGAAUCCCAGGAAGCCGUGUUUGAAUGUGAAGUUGCCAACCCAGAUUCAGAAGGCGAAUGGCUGAGGGAUGGCAAACACCUGCCCCUUAGUAACAUCAUCAAAAGCGAAUCUGAUGGCCGCAAAAGGAGACUUAUCAUUGCCGCCACCAAAUUAGAUGACGUGGGAGAAUACACCUACAAAGUGGCCACCUCUAAAACAUCUGCCAAACUCAAAGUUGAAGCUGUCAAAAUCAAGAAGACUCUGAAGAACCUCACAGUGACAGAAACGCAAGAUGCUGUUUUCACUGUCGAGCUUACACACCCUAAUGUCAAAGGUGUUCAGUGGAUUAAAAAUGGGGUUGUGCUCCAAUCCAACGACAAGUAUGAUAUCUCAGUCAAAGGGGCAAUUUACUCUCUGAGAAUUAAAAACUGCGCCAUCGUCGAUGAGUCUGUUUAUGGCUUCAGACUUGGAAAGCUAGGAGCCAGUGCCAGACUACAUGUUGAAACUGUCAAGAUCAUUAAAAAGCCAAAGGAUGUGACUGCCUUGGAAAAUGCCACCGUUGCUUUUGAAGUUAGUGUUUCCCAUGACACAGUUCCUGUAAAAUGGUUCCAUAAGAAUGUGGAGAUUAAGCCAAGUGAGAAACACAGACUGGUCUCAGAAAGGAAGGUCCACAAGCUGAUGCUGCAGAAUAUCGCCCCCUCGGAUGCUGGGGAGUAUACAGCAGUGGUGGGGCAGCUGGAAUGCAAGGCAAAGCUCUUUGUGGAGACAUUACAUAUUACAAAGACCAUGAAAAAUAUCGAGGUCCCUGAGACCAAAACUGCCUCCUUUGAGUGCGAGGUGUCCCACUUCAAUGUCCCUUCCACGUGGCUGAAGAAUGGAGUGGAGAUCGAAAUGAGUGACAAGUUCAAGAUAGUUGUGCAAGGAAAACUCCAUCAGCUGAUCAUCAUGAACACCAGCACAGAGGACUCAGCAGAAUACACGUUUGUCUGUGGCAAUGACCAAGUCAGUGCCACACUGACAGUGACCCCAAUCAUGAUUACAUCCAUGUUGAAGGACAUCAAUGCUGAAGAGAAAGACACCAUUACCUUUGAAGUGACAGUGAACUAUGAAGGCAUCUCUUACAAAUGGUUGAAGAAUGGUGUGGAAAUCAAAUCAACUGACAGGUGCCAGAUGAGAACCAAAAAGCUCACACACUCACUGAACAUCAGGAAUGUUCACUUUGGGGAUGCUGCUGACUACACGUUUGUUGCUGGGAAGGCUACAUCCACAGCCACCCUUUAUGUGGAAGCCCGCCAUAUAGAAUUUAGAAAACACAUUAAGGAUAUCAAAGUUCUUGAGAAGAAGCGAGCCAUGUUUGAAUGUGAAAUUUCUGAACCUGACAUCACCGUGCAGUGGAUGAAAGAUGGCCAAGAACUGCAGAUCGAAGACAGAAUAAAGAUUCAGAAGGAAAAAUAUGUCCACCGCCUUCUGAUCCCGUCCAGCCGAAUGUCCGAUGCUGGGCAAUACGCAGUGGUGGCGGGAGGCAACAUGUCAAAAGCUAACCUCAUUGUGGAGGGCAGAGAUGUCCGCAUCCGCAGUAUUAAAAAAGAAGUUCAGGUCAUUGAGAAACAGCGUGCUGUCAUUGAGUUUGAAGUCAAUGAAGACGAUGUUGAUGCCCACUGGUAUAAAGAUGGCAUUGAAAUCAAUUUCCAAGUUCAAGAAAGACACAAAUAUGUGGUGGAGAGGAGAAUCCACCGGAUGUUUAUCUCUGAGACCAGACAUAGUGAUGCGGGCGAAUAUACCUUCAAGGCAGGAAGGAACAGGAGUUCUGUGACUCUCUAUGUUAAUGCUCCUGAACCACCCCAAGUUCUGCAGGAGCUCCAGCCUGUGACUGUGCAGUCUGGCAAGCCUGCUCGCUUCUGUGCUGUGAUAUCUGGCAGACCACAGCCCAAAAUUUCCUGGUACAAGGAAGAGCAGCUGCUUUCCACUGGCUUCAAGUGCAAAUUUCUUCAUGAUGGGCAAGAGUACACGCUUUUGCUAAUUGAAGCCUUCCCAGAGGAUGCGGCUGUCUACACCUGUCAAGCCAAGAAUGACUAUGGGGUUGCCACAACAUCAGCUUCACUUUCAGUGGAAGUUCCAGAAGUUGUGUCUCCUGAUCAGGAAAUGCCAGUUUAUCCUCCUGCCAUCAUCACCCCACUUCAGGACACUGCCACUUCCGAAGGACAGCCAGCCCGUUUUCAAUGCAGAGUCUCUGGAACAGAUCUGAAAGUGUCUUGGUACAGCAAGGACAAGAAAAUCAAGCCAUCUCGGUUCUUUAGAAUGACUCAAUUUGAAGACACUUACCAACUGGAAAUUGCUGAAGCUUAUCCAGAAGAUGAAGGAACCUAUACUUUUGUUGCUAGUAAUGCUGUAGGCCAAGUGUCAAGUACAGCCAACUUGCGACUAGAAGUGCAAGCCCUAGAUAGGCAGAGUUCUGGGAAAGAUGUAAGAGAGUCCACCAAGCCCCAGAGAGUGGCAGAUUCCUCUUUCACAAAACAGGAGAUCAGAGUAUCCCAGAAGGAAAUUAAGUCAUUUCAAGAAUCGUCACAUGAAUAUGAAGUGCAGGUUUCUGAAAGCGUAUCUCAAAGUUCCACCCACACAGCUGCAUCCUUUCAAGGCAUAGAGUUGCAGCACACCGGGUCCCUUUCACAAAUUGCAGAAAGCACUGAGUUCUUUGAGAAACGCACCGAAGAGUCAAUGGGUGAGCAGCCACAGAUUCUCCUGCAUCUUCAGGACCUCACUGUAAAGUGUGGCGACACUGCUCAGUUCCUCUGUGUUUUAGAAGAUGAAUCUUUCAUUGAUGUAACCUGGACUCAUGAAGGUGUAAAGAUAGAGGAAUCUGAGAGAGUGAAGCAAUCACAGGACGGAAAUAUACAAUUUCUUACCAUAUGUAAUGUUCAGCUGGUAGACCAAGGACUUUACAGCUGCAUUGCACACAAUGACUUUGGAGAGAAGACCACAUCAGCAGUACUAAGCGUAGAAGGUGCCCCUGAAUCAAUUUUGCAUGAGAGGAUUGAAGAACAGAUUGAGAUGGAAAUGAAAGAGUUUUCUAGUUCUCUUCUGUAUGCUGAGGAAGAAGGACUUCAAACCUAUAGCUCUGACCUUCAGUUAGCUAAUAUGAAAGAAACACUUGAACUUCUAUCUGAACCUCCAGUUCAUUCAACUCAAUUUGAUUCCACAAAGGAAGGCAGUGUUCCAAUUUUCAUCAAAGAAGUGUCAAAUGCUGAAAUAAGCAAGGGUGAUGUGGCUACACUGUCUGUGACUGUCACCGGCAUCCCCAAGCCCAAAAUUCAGUGGUUCUUUAAUGGAAUAUUGUUAACCCCUUCCGCUGACUACAAAUUUGUUUUUGAUGGUGAUGAUCAUAGCCUGAUCAUUCUGUUCACCAAAUUUGAGAAUGAGGGAGAGUAUACAUGUAUAGCCAGUAAUGAAUAUGGAAAGAUAGCAUGUAGUGCCUACCUGAAGAUAAAUUCCAGAGAAGAGGGACACAAAGAGACAGAAACAGAGUCAGCAGUGGACAGAUCUCUGGAACAGCAUAAAGGGCCUUGUCCUCCUUACUUCCUUAAGGAGGUAAAGCCAGUUCACUGUGCCCAAGGGCUCCCUGCCAUCUUUGAGUACGCAGUGGUUGGAGAGCCUGCCCCCACUGUUUCCUGGUUCAAAGAAAACAAGCAGCUUUGCACCAAUGUUUAUUACACUAUUAUUCAUAACCCAGAUGGUUCUGGGAGAUUCAUCGUCAAUGACCCUCAGAGGGAAGACAGCGGCCUCUAUGUCUGUAAGGCGGAGAAUGUGUGGGGGGAGUCCACCUGUGCUGCAGACCUGCUUGUGCACCUGGAAGACACAGACAGGAUUGAUGCCCCCUGCAAAGCCAAGUCCAUACCACAGGCUCCUGAAGAUUAUCCACAGACGUCAGUAAAGGGUCCUGUGGUUGAGGCAUUUGACUCAGAGCAAGAAAUUGCAACUUUCGUAAAAGACACCAUUUUGAAAGCAGCUUUAAUUGCAGAAGAAAAGCAGCAGCUUUCUUAUGAGCAUAUUUUUCAAACCAAUGAAUUGAGCAGUCAAGUUUCUUUAAGAGCUCAGCAAUCGCAAUCCACCGUUAUUUUGGAGCAGGUCAUGCCCACCCCUGAAAGCACCAGGGAACUUCUUUCCGUUAAUGGCACUAUUCACGUUCAGCCCAUCAAGGAACCAUCUCCCAAUCUACAGCUACAGAUCGUCCAGUCCCAGAAAACUCUCUCCAAGGAAGAUAUUUUAAUGCUUCAUGAGCCUGUGCCACAGGUGGUUCUAUCUGAUACUGAAAAGAUGUUCCCAAGUGCUACGUCCAUACAACAAGCCAGUUCAUUAACAGUGGAGCCUCUAAAAACUUUAUUAGCUGAUCCUGAAGGGAGUUAUCCACAGUCUUCAACAGAACCUCCAGCACAUUCUUAUCCAACUUCUGUGGCUGAGGAAGUACAUUUACCAAAAGAAAAGACAGUCUCUAAAGCCAACGAAGGGCAAAGCAUGACUCUUCAAAAGCAAGAAACACACAGUGCCCUCAUCCUGAGCCAGAGCUUGGCUGAGGGAAAAGUAGAAAGUCUCAAGGGUCCUGACGUCAUGAUCCCUCAGGUAAACUAUGAGCCCCAGGUGCCUUCAGAACACACGUGCACAGAAGAAGGUGAAAUCUUGAUGGAAAGUAUAGACCAACUUGGCAGUGCAGGGCAGGAUGUCGCAGUCAGAACUGAGGAAGGCAAGUCCUUGGGGUUUCCACUAGCAUUUGAAGAAAACCAGGUGCUGCUCAAAGAACAUGCUGGCAACUUAGCAAUACCCCCAAGCCAAACCAGUGAGUCUAAAAGAGAGCCCACUGCAGUGCAGAGAGUGCAGGAAGUACAAGGGAGGGACAUUCUUUCUAAGGAAAGUUUGCUCUCUGGUAUGCCAGAAGAGCAGCGAUUAAACUUGAAGACACAGAUCCGCAGGGCUUUGCAAGCAGCAGUGGCCAGUGAGCAACCAGCUCUGUUCUCUGAGUGGUUAAGAAACAUUGAAAAGGUGGAGGUCAAGGCCAUCACCUUCACCCAAGAGCCCGAACAGGUCAGGUGCACCUACCUUAUCACCUCAGUGAAUUCUCUAACAGAAGAAAUAACCAUCACUAUUGAAGGCAUCGAUCCUCAAAUGGCUAACCUGAAAACUGAACUCAGGGAUGCUUUCUGCUCCAUUAUAUGUGAAGAAAUAAACAUCUUAAUAGCUGAGGGAGCUAGAAUACAGCAAGAAGCCAAAACAGAUUUUCAGGAAGAAACGGAUUCUUUUUCAGAUUCACAGAAGGUUGAAGCAAUGCCUGAACCAGACAUCAAGUCUAAAUAUCUUAUCUCAACAGAAGAGGUCAGUUAUUCUAUUGUAGAAAGUCAGAUUAAAGAUGCCAAAACCACAACUGCCACUGAUGGGGUUGUUUCAGCGGAUAUCUCUGAUGAAAAACAGGAUAAGAUUCUAAAACUAUCUGAGGACAAAGAGAAGUCCUCAGAAAGUGGUGCUGAGGAGGGUGACACAAUAAAGACACAGGAAGCUGAGGGUAACCUAAUCAAAGAGGACAGGCCCGUUAUACUUACACCCUUAGUGGACAUUUCUUCUGAGGAGGGUGACAUCGUAUACCUCACAUCAUCCAUAUCAAAUGCUAAAGAGGUGAAUUGGUAUUUUGAGAGUAAACUGGUGGCUUCAGACGAAAAGUUCAAGUGUUUACAAGAUCAAAAUACAUACACGCUAGUGAUCAACAGAGUAAAUACUGAAGACCAUCAAGGACAGUAUAUCUGUGAGGCCCUGAAUGACAACGGAAAAGCAGCAACUUCAGCAAAACUCACUGUAGCAAAAAGAGCUGCCCCAGUGAUCAAGAGGAGAAUUGAGCCUCUAGAAGUAGCACUGGGCCACCUAGCCAAAUUCACCUGUGAGAUCCAAAUUGCCCCCAAUGUCCGGUUCCAGUGGUUUAAAGCUGGCCGAGAAAUUUAUGAGAGUGACAAGUGUUCUAUUCGAUCUGCGAAGUAUCUCUCCAGCCUGGAGAUCCUGAGAACCCAGGUUGUUGACUGCGGCGAGUACACCUGCAAAGCUUCCAAUGAGUAUGGCAGUGUCAGCUGUACAGCCACGCUAACUGUGACAGUGCCUUCAGUUGAAAAGAAAGUUCGCAAAUUACUUCCUGAACCCAAACCUCAACCAAAGGAAGAAGUUGUUCUGAAAAGCGUUCUAAGAAAGAGGCCUGAAGAAGAAGAACCUAAAGUAGAACCGAAAAAAGUAGAAAAAGUUAAAAAACCUACAGUACCAGAACCGCCUCCAAAAGCCGUCGAAGAGGUGGAAGUGCCUCCUGUUAAGAAAAGGGAAAGGAAAAUUCCUGAACCAACAAAAGUGCCUGAAAUUAAGCCAGCAAUACCUCUCCCUGGACCUGAAGCUAAACCAAAGCCUGAACCAGAAGUGAAAACAAUCAAACCACCUCCCAUGGAGCCCACACCAACGCCCAUCGCUGCCCCCGUGACGGUGCCGGUGGUUGGAAAGAAAGCAGAAGCCAAGCCUAAGGAGGAGGCUGCCAAACCCAAAGGUCCCAUUAAAGGUGUAGCCAAGAAGACCCCUUCACCCAUAGAAAUCGAGAGGAAAAAGCUAAGGCCAGGCAGUGGUGGGGAGAAACCUCCCGAUGAGGCACCAUUCUCCUACCAGCUAAAGGCUGUGCCACUGAAGUUUGUGAAAGAAAUCCAAGACAUCGUCUUGACCGAGUCUGAGUUUGUUGGCUCUUCUGCCAUCUUUGAGUGUUUAGUCUCUCCCUCCACUGCAAUCACAACCUGGAUGAAAGACGGCAGCAAUAUCCGCGAGAGCCCAAAGCACAGGUUCAUCGCAGAUGGCAAAGACAGAAAGCUACACAUCAUUGACGUGCAGCUUUCCGAUGCUGGCGAAUACACCUGUGUUUUACGUUUGGGAAACAAAGAAAAGACCUCCACAGCUAAACUCGUCGUAGAAGAACUUCCCGUGCGUUUUGUGAAAACCCUGGAGGAGGAAGUCACCGUGGUCAAAGGACAGCCCUUGUACUUAAGCUGUGAGUUAAACAAAGAGCGUGAUGUGGUCUGGAGGAAGGAUGGCAAGAUUGUGGUGGAGAAACCUGGUCGAAUCGUGCCCGGUGUCAUCGGCUUGUUGCGAGCCCUGACCAUCAAUGACGCCGAUGACACAGAUGCUGGGACAUACACAGUUACUGUGGAAAACGCCAACAACCUCGAAUGCUCGUCUUGUGUAAAAGUAGUAGAAGUCAUAAGAGAUUGGCUGGUGAAACCUAUCCGAGACCAGCAUGUGAAACCCAAGGGCACAGCUAUAUUCGCCUGUGACAUAGCUAAAGAUACUCCAAACAUUAAGUGGUUCAAAGGCUAUGAUGAACUCCCGCUGGAACCAACUGACAAGACUGAAAUACUGAGAGAUGGAAACCAUCUAUUCCUCAAAAUCAAGAAUGCCAUGCCAGAAGAUAUUGGUGAAUACGCAGUGGAAAUUGAAGGGAAAAGAUACCCAGCAAAGCUGACACUUGGAGACCGUGAAGUUGAACUGCUUAAACCAAUAGAGGAUGUUACCAUUUAUGAGAAGGAAAGUGCAAGCUUCGAUGCAGAGAUCUCUGAGGCAGACAUUCCUGGACAAUGGAAACUGAAGGGAGAGCUGCUAAGGCCCUCACCUACCUGUGAAAUUAAAGCAGAAGGAGGAAAACGCUUCUUAACUUUGCACAAAGUCAAACUGGACCAAGCUGGUGAAGUCCUGUACCAGGCCCUCAAUGCAAUUACAACCGCCAUUUUGACAGUAAAAGAAAUCGAACUUGACUUUGCUGUGCCCCUGAAGGAUGUCACUGUUCCAGAAAGGCGACAGGCUCGAUUCGAAUGUGUCCUCACCAGAGAGGCAAAUGUUAUAUGGUCAAAAGGACCAGAUAUAAUCAAGUCAUCUGACAAAUUUGAUAUCAUCGCCGAUGGGAAGAAGCACAUUCUUGUUAUCAAUGAUUCUCAAUUUGAUGAUGAAGGCGUAUACACGGCUGAGGUGGAGGGCAAGAAGACCUCAGCACGGUUAUUUGUUACAGGUGUCAGACUGAAAUUCAUAUCACCUCUUGAAGAUCAAACAGUGAAAGAAGGUGAAACAGCCACUUUUGUUUGUGAGCUUUCUCAUGAAAAAAUGCACGUGGUCUGGUUCAAAAAUGAUGCCAAACUCCACACAAGCAGAACAGUCCUCAUCUCCUCCGAGGGCAAGACCCACAAAUUGGAAAUGAGAGAAGUGACGCUGGAUGACAUCUCUCAGAUAAAAGCCCAAGUCAAGGACCUGAGCUCCACCGCACAUCUAAAGGUCAUAGAGGCUGAUCCUUACUUCACCGUGAAAUUACAUGACAAAACUGGAGUCGAGAAGGAUGAGAUUAUUUUGAAGUGCGAAGUGAGCAAAGACGUGCCAGUGAAAUGGUUCAAAGAUGGGGAAGAGAUCGUCCCUUCACCCAAACACUCUAUCAAGACAGACGGCCUGCGCCGCAUCUUAAAAAUCAAAAAGGCCGAACUGAAAGAUAAAGGCGAAUACAUGUGUGACUGUGGUACAGACAAGACACAGGCCAACCUGACUGUGGAGGCUCGACUAAUUAAAGUGGAAAAGCCUCUGUAUGGAGUAGAGCUGUUCGUUGGUGAAACAGCCCGCUUUGAAGUUGAGCUUUCUGAGCCAGAUGUUCAUGGCCAGUGGAAGUUAAAAGGGCAGCCUCUGACUGCUUCCCCUGAUUGUGAAAUCAUUGAAGAUGGGAAGAAGCACACUCUGAUUCUUUACAACUGUCAGCUGGAUAUGACAGGCGAGGUUUCCUUCCAGGCUGCUAAUGCUAAAUCUGCAGCCAAUCUGAAAGUGAAAGAACUGCCUCUUAUCUUCAUCACACCUCUCAGUGAUGUCAAAGUCUUGGAGAAGGAUGAGGCUAAGUUUGAGUGUGAAGUGUCCCGGGAGCCCAAAACAUUCCGUUGGCUAAAAGGAACCCAGGAAAUCACAGGUGAUGACAAAAUUGAGCUUAUAAAGGAUGGCACGAAACAUUCAAUGGUGAUCAAGUCAGCCGCUUUUGAAGAUGAAGGAAAGUACAUCUUUGAAGCUGAAGACAAGCACACAAGCGGCAAACUGAUUAUUGAAGGAAUCCGGCUUAAAUUCCUCACCCCUCUCAAGGAUGUAACCGCCAAAGAGAAGGAAACUGCUGUGUUUACCGUGGAGUUGUCCCACGAUAACAUCCGAGUUAAAUGGUUCAAGAAUGACCAGCGCCUGCACACCACCAGGCGGAUCUCCAUGGACGAUGAAGGGAAAACUCAUUCAAUCACAUUCAAAGACCUGUCUAUGGAUGACACCUCCCAAAUUAAAGUAGAGGCUAUGGGGCUAAGUUCAGAAGCUAAGCUUACUGUGCUUGAGGGAGAUCCAUACUUUACAGGAAAGCUUCAAGAUUACACCGCCGUAGAGAAAGACGAAGUGAUUCUACAGUGCGAAAUUAGCAAAGCAGAUGCUCCAGUGAAAUGGUUUAAGGAUGGGAAGGAAAUAAAACCGUCCCCAAAUGCUGUCAUUAAGGCAGACGGCAAGAAGCGCAUGCUUAUCCUAAAGAAAGCUCUGAAAUCAGAUAUCGGACAGUACACCUGUGACUGCGGAACAGAUAAAACCUCGGGAAAACUUAACAUUGAGGAUCGGGAAAUUAAACUGGUCCGGCCGCUGCACAGCGUGGAGGUGAUAGAAACGGAGACAGCCCGCUUUGAAACAGAAAUCUCUGAAGAAGAUAUCCAUGCCAACUGGAAACUGAAGGGAGAGGCCCUGCUCCAAACACCUGAUUGUGAGAUUAAGGAAGAAGGCAAAGUGCAUUUCCUCAUUUUGCACAACUGCCGCCUGGACCAGACGGGUGGGGUAGAUUUCCAAGCUGCCAACGUUAAAUCUAGUGCCCACCUCCGAGUUAAGCCACGAGUAAUUGGUCUUCUGAGGCCCCUAAAGGAUGUCACCGUGACUGCAGGGGAAACAGCCACUUUCGACUGCGAGCUGUCUUACGAGGAUAUCCCAGUGGAAUGGUAUCUCAAAGGGAAGAAACUAGAGCCCAGUGAUACGGUGGUCACACGUUCGGAAGGAAAAGUUCAUACGCUUACCCUGAGAGAUGUAAAGUUAGAAGAUGCUGGGGAAGUCCAACUAACAGCCAAAGAUUUCAAAACUCAAGCCAACCUCUUUGUGAAAGAACCCCCAGUUGAAUUCACUAAGCCCCUUGAGGACCAGACGGUCGAAGAGGGAGCCACUGCAGUACUGGAGUGUGAAGUCUCCAGAGAAAAUGCCAAGGUGAAAUGGUUCAAAAAUGGAACUCAGAUCCUCAAAAGCAAGAAGUAUGAAAUUAUUGCUGAUGGCAGGGUCAGAAAACUUAUUAUACAUGACUGUACCCCAGAGGAUAUUAAAACAUACACUUGUGAUGCUAAGGAUUUUAAGACUUCCUGUAACCUGAAUGUUGUGCCUCCUCAUGUGGAAUUCUUAAGACCACUCACAGAUCUUCAAGUUAAAGAAAAAGAAAUGGCUCGGUUUGAGUGUGAAAUUUCCCGAGAAAACGCUAAGGUUCAGUGGUUUAAAGAUGGUGCUGAAAUUAAAAAGGGCAAAAAAUAUGACAUCAUAUCCAAGGGAGCAGUGCGUAUUCUUGUCAUCAACAAAUGUCUACUGGAUGACGAAGCAGAGUAUUCCUGUGAAGUAAGGACGGCAAGGACUUCUGGCAUGCUGACAGUCCUGGAAGAAGAAGCUGUCUUUACUAAAAAUCUUGCCAACAUUGAAGUUAGUGAAACAGACACUAUAAAACUGGUUUGUGAAGUCUCCAAGCCUGGAGCAGAUGUGAUCUGGUACAAAGGAGAUGAAGAGAUCAUUGAAACAGGAAGAUAUGAAAUACUGACGGAUGGGCGGAAGAGAAUCCUGAUCAUUCAGAACGCUCACCUUGAGGAUGCCGGCAGCUAUAACUGUCGACUGCCAAGUUCACGAACUGAUGGCAAAGUCAAAGUCCAUGAACUUGCUGCUGAAUUUAUCUCAAAGCCUCAAAACCUUGAAAUACUUGAAGGAGAAAAGGCUGAAUUUGUCUGCUCCAUAUCAAAGGAAAGCUUUCCAGUCCAAUGGAAGAGGGAUGAUCAAACACUUGAGUCUGGAGAUAAAUAUGACGUUAUUGCAGAUGGUAAAAAGAGGAUCCUAGUUGUGAAAGAUGCCACCUUGCAGGAUAUGGGCACUUAUGUCGUCAUGGUUGGGGCCGCCAGAGCAGCAGCUCACUUGACAGUAAUCGAAAAACUCAGAAUCGUAGUUCCUCUAAAGGACACCCGGGUGAAGGAACAGCAAGAAGUUGUCUUCAACUGUGAAGUCAAUACAGAAGGUGCCAAAGCCAAAUGGUUCAGAAAUGAAGAAGCCAUAUUUGACAGUUCAAAAUACAUCAUUCUCCAAAAAGACCUGGUCUACACCCUCAGAAUCAGAAAUGCACAAUUAGACGACCAAGCCAACUAUAAUGUAUCUCUGACCAACCACAGAGGUGAAAAUGUCAAAAGUGCAGCCAAUCUAAUAGUAGAAGAGGAAGACCUUAGGAUUAUCGAACCUCUUAAAGAUAUCGAGACAAUGGAGAAGAAAUCUGUCACAUUCUGGUGCAAGGUGAACCGUCUCAAUGCAACACUAAAGUGGACCAGAAAUGGAGAAGAAGUGCCUCUUGACAACCGCGUAUCCUACAGAGUCGAUAAGUAUAAGCACUCCCUAAUCAUUAAAGACUGUGGCUUCCCAGACGAAGGCGAAUACGUCGUCACUGCUGGACAAGAUAAAUCUGCUGCUGAGCUUCUCAUCAUCGAAGCCCCUACAGAGUUUGUGGAACACUUGGAAGACCAGACGGUCACGGAGUUCGAUGAUGCUGUCUUCUCCUGCCAACUGUCCAGAGAGAAAGCAAAUGUAAAAUGGUACAGAAAUGGGAGAGAAAUCAAAGAAGGCAAAAAAUACAAAUUUGAAAAAGAUGGCAGCACACACAGACUCAUUAUAAAAGAUUGCAGGCUGGAUGACGAGUGUGAAUACGCUUGUGGAGUCGAAGACAGGAAGUCCCGGGCUAGGCUUUUUGUGGAAGAAAUUCCUGUGGAGAUCAUUAGGCCUCCUCAAGAUAUUCUCGAAGCCCCCGGUGCUGAUGUUGUCUUUUUAGCCGAGCUCAACAAAGAUAAGGUGGAAGUUCAAUGGCUAAGAAAUAACAUGGUUAUUGUCCAGGGUGAUAAACACCAGAUGAUGAGUGAAGGAAAAAUACAUAGACUACAGAUUUGCGAUAUUAAGCCACGUGACCAGGGUGAAUACAGAUUUAUUGCCAAAGACAAAGAAGCCAGAGCAAAACUUGAACUGGCAGCUGCACCCAAAAUCAAGACAGGUGAUCAAGACCUUGUGGUUGAUGUUGGCCAGCCUCUCACAAUGGUGGUGCCUUAUGAUGCCUACCCCAAAGCAGAAGCUGAAUGGUUUAAAGAAAAUGAACCUUUGUCUUCAAAAACUGUUGAUACGACAGCUGAACAAACUUCUUUCAGAAUAUUAGAAGCCAAGAAUGAAGACAAAGGAAGGUAUAAAGUUGUGCUUCAGAACAAACAUGGAAAAGCAGAAGGAUUCAUCAAUUUAAAAGUUAUUGAUGUUCCUGGGCCAGUACGUAACUUAGAAGUAACAGAAACAUUUGAUGGUGAAGUGAGCCUCGCUUGGGAAGAACCAUUAACUGAUGGUGGGAGCAAAAUCAUAGGUUACGUUGUGGAAAGACGGGACAUCAAGAGAAAGACCUGGGUUCUGGCCACUGACCGUGCAGACAGUUGUGAGUUUACUGUCACUGGACUACAAAAAGGAGGAGUGGAGUACCUUUUCCGCGUGAGUGCAAGAAACAGAGUUGGCACCGGUGAACCAGUUGAAACUGACAAUCCUGUAGAAGCAAGAAGUAAAUAUGAUGUUCCAGGCCCUCCUUUGAAUGUAACCAUCACUGAUGUGAACCGAUUCGGUGUCUCACUGACAUGGGAACCACCGGAGUAUGAUGGAGGUGCCGAGAUCACAAACUACAUCAUCGAAUUAAGAGACAAGACUUCUAUCAGGUGGGACACUGCCAUGACUGUCAGGGCUGAAGACCUGUCUGCAACUGUCACGGAUGUGGUGGAAGGACAGGAGUACAGUUUCCGGGUCAGAGCCCAGAACCGAAUUGGAAUUGGAAAACCAAGUGCAGCCACACCCUUCGUCAAAGUUGCUGACCCAAUUGAGAGACCGAGUCCUCCGGUGAAUCUAAAUUCCACAGAUCAGACUCAGUCAUCAGUUCAGCUGACAUGGGAACCUCCUCUGAAAGAUGGAGGAAGCCCAAUCCUAGGCUAUAUAAUUGAGCGAUGUGAAGAAGGAAAAGAUAAUUGGAUUCGUUGCAACGUGAAACUUGUACCUAAACUGACUUACAAGGUUACUGGAUUAGAAAAAGGAAAUAAGUAUUUGUACAGAGUAUCUGCAGAAAAUGAAGCUGGUGUUUCAGAUCCAUCUGAGAUUCUUGGUCCUCUCACUGCUGAUGAUGCAUCUGUUGAACCAACAAUGGAUUUAAGUGCAUUUAAAGAUGGUCUGGAAGUUAUUGUCCCAAAUCCAAUCAAGAUCCUGGUUCCAAGUACAGGCUAUCCAAGGCCAACUGCCACCUGGUCUUUUGGAGAUACGUUACUAGAAGCGGGAGACCGUGUGAAAAUGAAGACCUUAUCUGCCUAUGCUGAACUUGUCAUUUCUCCAAGUGAACGUCCAGACAAAGGCAUUUAUACACUGAAAUUAGAAAAUCGUGUUAAAGCAAUUUCUGGGGAAAUUGAUGUGAAUGUAAUUGCUCGCCCAAGUGCACCUAAAGAACUUAAAUUCAGUGAUAUAACCCGAGACUCAGUACAUUUGACUUGGGAACCACCUGAUGAUGACGGAGGAAGUCCAUUAACUGGUUAUCUUAUUGAAAAGCGAGAAGUCAGCCGCAAAACAUGGACUAAAGUAAUAGACUUUGUGACUGAUCUAGAGUUCACAGUUCCUGAUCUUGUUCAAGGAAAAGAAUAUUUAUUUAAAGUCUGUGCUCGUAACAAGUGUGGCCCUGGAGAGCCUGCAUACAUUGAUGAGCCUGUAAAUAUGUCAGCUCCUGCAACUGUUCCAGAACCCCCAGAGAACGUCAAAUGGAGAGACCGGACAGCCAAGAGCAUCUUCUUAACAUGGGAUCCACCUAAGCAUGACGGUGGUUCACGCAUCAAAGGAUAUAUAGUUGAAAAAUGUCCACGUGGUUCUGAUAAAUGGGUUGCCUGUGGAGAACCCAUUCCAGACACAAAAAUGGAAGUGACGGGUCUGGAGGAAGGCCAAUGGUAUGCCUACCGUGUGAAGGCCUUGAACAGGAUAGGUGCUAGCAAGCCAAGCAGACCCACAGAGGAAAUCCAGGCUGUGGACACACAGGAGGCCCCAGAAAUUUUCCUCGAUGUGAAGCUCCUUGCUGGUCUCACUGUAAAAGCCGGAACUAAGAUAGAACUUCCUGCCACUGUAACUGGAAGACCUGCCCCUACAAUAACUUGGACGAAGGCUGAUACGAUUCUGAAGCCAGACAAAAGAAUCACCAUUGAAAAUGUUCCUAAAAAAUCCACAGUGACUAUCACUGACAGCAAGAGAAGUGACACAGGCAGGUACAUCAUUGAGGCUGUGAACAUCUGUGGCCGGGCCACUGCUGUGGCGGAAGUAAAUGUCUUAGAUAAACCAGGACCACCAGCUGCUUUUGACAUCACAGAUGUAACCAACGAGUCAUGUCUCCUAACAUGGAACCCACCACGAGAUGAUGGUGGAUCUAAGAUCACAAACUAUGUUGUGGAGAGAAGAGCAACUGAUAGUGAAGUGUGGCACAAGCUCUCAUCAACUGUCAAGGAUACAAACUUCAAGGCAACCAAAUUAAUACCCAAUAAGGAAUACAUCUUCCGAGUUGCUGCAGAAAACAUGUAUGGUGUUGGUGAGCCAGUUCAGGCCACUCCAAUAAUAGCCAAAUAUCCAUUUGAUCCACCUGGACCUCCAACUCGCCUAGAACCUUCUGAUAUCACUAAAGAUGCAGUGACUCUCACAUGGUGUGAGCCAGAUGAUGAUGGCGGCAGCCCAAUCACUGGAUACUGGGUUGAAAGAUUAGAUCCCGAUACUGAUAAAUGGGUUAAAUGCAAUAAGAUGCCAAUAAAGGACACAACAUUCAGAGUGAAAGGUCUCACCAAUAAGAAAAAGUACAGAUUCCGUGUAUUGGCUGAAAAUCUUGCUGGACCUGGAAAACCAAGCAAAUCAACUGAACCAAUCUUGAUAAAAGAUCCUAUAGAUCCUCCAUGGCCCCCUGGAAAACCAACUGUGAAAGAUGUGGGCAAAACAUCAUUAAUGUUGAAUUGGACAAAGCCAGAACAUGAUGGAGGGGCAAAGGUUGAGUCUUAUGUCAUUGAAAUGCUAAAGACCGGAACAGAAGACUGGGUCAGAGUGGCUGAAGGAGUUCCCACCACCCAGCACUUGCUCACUGGGCUCAUGGAAGGGCAAGAAUACUCAUUCCGAGUUAGAGCUGUGAACAAGGCUGGGGAAAGUGAACCCAGUGAACCCAGCGACCCCGUGCUUUGCCGGGAGAAGCUAUAUCCUCCAUCACCACCUCGCUGGCUCGAAGUUAUUAAUAUCACAAAAAAUACAGCAGACCUAAAGUGGACAGUUCCUGAGAAAGAUGGAGGGUCACCCAUCACCAACUACAUUGUGGAAAAAAGAGAUGUGAGGCGAAAAGGCUGGCAAACAGUGGACACCACUGUCAAGGACACCAAGUGCACAGUCACCCCGCUGACCGAAGGCUCUUUAUAUGUAUUCCGAGUUGCUGCAGAAAAUGCUGUAGGACAAAGUGACUACACUGAAAUAGAGGACUCCGUCCUGGCCAAGGACACCUUUACUACCCCUGGACCACCCUAUGCUCUCGCAGUGGUUGAUGUGACAAAACGACAUGUGGACCUAAAGUGGGAGCCACCCAAAAAUGAUGGUGGAAGACCAAUACAGAGAUACAUCAUUGAGAAGAAAGAAAAGUUAGGUACUCGUUGGGUGAAAGCAGGAAAGACUUCAGGACCUGACUGUAACUUCAGAGUAACUGAUGUUAUUGAAGGAACAGAGGUCCAGUUUCAGGUUAGGGCAGAAAAUGAAGCUGGAGUUGGUCACCCAAGUGAACCCACAGAGAUCCUAGCAAUUGAAGAUCCAAGAGGUCCUCCAUCACCUCCCCUUGACCUACAUGUGACUGAUGCUGGGAGAAAGCACAUCGCCAUUGCUUGGAAACCUCCAGAGAAAGAUGGCGGAAGUCCAAUUAUAGGAUAUCAUGUUGAAAUGUGUCCAGUAGGCACUGAGAAAUGGAUGCGAGUUAAUUCUCGCCCAAUAAAAGACUUGAAAUUCAAGGUUGAAGAAGGUGUUGUUCCUGACAAAGAGUAUGUUCUGAGAGUGAGAGCUGUCAAUGCUGUCGGUGUCAGUGAGCCAUCUGAAAUCUCUGAAAAUGUGGUAGCCAAAGACCCAGACUGCAAACCAACCAUUGACUUGGAGACUCAUGAUAUCAUUGUUAUUGAAGGUGAAAAGUUAAGCAUUCCUGUUCCCUUCAGAGCUGUCCCAGUCCCAACUGUUACUUGGCAUAAAGAUGGCAAAGAUAUCAAAGCAAGUGAUAGAUUAACAAUGAAGAAUGAUCACAUCUCUGCACACCUUGAAGUUCCUAAGAGUGUCCAUGCAGAUGCUGGAGUUUACACCAUUACACUGGAGAAUAGGCUUGGCUCAGCAACUGCCUCAAUCAAUGUCAAAGUCAUAGGCUUACCUGGACCAUGCAAAGAUAUUAAAGCAAGUGAUGUGACCAAGAGUUCUUGUAAAUUAACCUGGGAACCUCCAGAAUUUGAUGGUGGAACCCCAAUUCUUCAUUAUGUCCUGGAACGCAGAGAAGCUGGGAGGAGGACAUAUAUACCAGUCAUGUCUGGUGAGAACAAACUGUCUUGGACUGUGAAAGACCUCAUACCAAAUGGUGAAUACUUCUUCCGUGUUAAAGCAGUCAACAAAGUUGGUGGAGGCGAAUAUAUUGAACUAAAAAAUCCAGUCAUUGCUCAAGAUCCAAAGCAACCCCCUGAUCCACCUGUGGAUGUUGAGGUCCAUAAUCCUACAGCUAAGGCAAUGACAAUUACAUGGAAGCCACCUUUGUAUGAUGGAGGGAGCAAGAUAAUGGGUUACAUCAUAGAAAAGAUUGCUAAGGGUGAAGAUACAUGGAAGAGAUGCAAUGAGCACCUGGUACCAAUUCUGACCUAUACAGCAAAAGGACUGGAAGAGGGAAAGGAGUACCAAUUCCGGGUGCGAGCUGAGAAUGCUGCUGGGAUUAGUGACCCUUCCCGGGCCACUCCUCCAACCAAAGCUCUAGAUCCUAUUGAUGCCCCAAAAGUCAUUCUGAGAACAAGCCUAGAAGUGAAACGAGGUGACGAGAUAGCACUUGAUGCCACUAUUUCUGGAUCACCCUAUCCAACUAUCACAUGGAUAAAGGAUGAAAACGUUAUUACACCAGAGGAAAUUAAGAAGCGAGCAGCACCCAUGGUGAGAAGGAAGAAGGGUGAAGUUGAAGAAGAAGAACCAUUUGUCCUGCCUCUGACACAGCGUUUGAGUAUCAACAACAGUAAACAAGGAGAAUCUCAGCUCCGUGUCCGAGAUUCCCUCCGACCUGACCAUGGCCUCUAUAUGAUCAAAGCUGAAAAUGACCAUGGUGUUGCAAAAGCUCCUUGUACUGUCAGCGUAUUAGAUACACCAGGACCGCCAGUCAACUUUGUAUUUGAAGAUAUUAGAAAGACCUCAGUCCUCUGUAAAUGGGAACCACCCCUUGAUGAUGGUGGCAGUGAAAUCAUAAACUACACUUUGGAAAAGAAAGACAAGACAAAACCUGACUCAGAAUGGAUUGUUGUCACUUCAACACUUAGACAUUGCAAAUAUUCAGUAACGAAACUGAUUGAAGGAAAAGAGUACCUCUUCCGUGUAAGAGCUGAAAAUAGGUUUGGGCCUGGACCACCAUGUGUUUCCAAGCCAUUGAUAGCUAAAGACCCAUUUGAACCACCUGAUGCACCUGAUAAGCCAAUUGUGGAGGAUGUUACCAGCAACAGUAUGCUAGUGACAUGGAAUGAACCAAAAGAUAACGGAAGCCCCAUCCUGGGUUACUGGCUUGAGAAACGUGAGGUUAAUAGUACACAUUGGUCUCGUGUCAACAAAAGCCUCCUGAAUGCUUUGAAAACCAAGGUGGAUGGCCUGUUAGAAGGACUCACCUAUGUCUUCAGAGUAUGUGCUGAAAAUGCAGCUGGACCCGGCAAGUUCAGCCCACCUUCAGAUCCCAAAACAGCACGUGAUCCAAUCUCUCCACCGGGGCCACCUAUCCCAAGAGUCGCUGACACAAGCUCCACAACUAUUGACCUAGAAUGGGAACCCCCAGCUUUCAAUGGUGGUGGGGAAAUUAUUGGCUACUUUGUCGAUAAGCAGUUGGUUGGCACAAAUGAAUGGUCACGCUGCACAGAGAAGAUGAUCAAGGUCCGUCAGUACACGGUCAAAGAAAUCCGAGAGGGUGCCGAUUACAAACUCCGGGUGAGUGCUGUCAAUGCUGCAGGUGAAGGACCCCCUGGAGAAACUGGACCUGUCACUGUGGCUGAACCACAAGAACCUCCAACUGUGGAACUGGAUGUUUCUGUCAAGGCUGGAAUACAAAUAAUGGCUGGGAAGACUCUUAGAAUUCCAGCAGUGGUGACUGGUCGUCCUGUGCCCACAAGAGUAUGGACCAUCGAAGAUCGGGAGCUGGAUAAAGAACGUGUUGUAAUAGAGAAUGUUGGAACCAAAUCUGAACUAAUUAUCAAGGAUGCACUGAGAAAAGAUCAUGGCAGAUACGUGAUCACAGCUACUAAUAGCUGUGGUUCCAAAUUUGCAGCAGCCAGGGUAGAAGUUUUUGAUGUCCCUGGUCCAGUUCUUGACUUAAAACCUGUUGUAACAAACAGAAAGAUGUGUCUGCUUAACUGGUCUGAUCCAGAAGAUGAUGGUGGAAGUGAAAUCACAGGCUUUAUUAUUGAGAGAAAAGAUGCCAAGAUGCAUACUUGGAGACAACCAAUAGAGACUGACAGAUCUAAAUGUGACAUCACAGGUCUUAUUGAGGGACAAGAAUAUAUGUUCCGAGUUAUUGCCAAGAACAAGUUUGGCUGUGGCCCUCCUGUUGAAAUAGGACCAAUUCUUGCCGUUGAUCCACUAGGUCCCCCAACAUCUCCCGAGAGGCUCACAUAUACAGAAAGGACAAAGUCCACCAUCACUUUAGACUGGAAAGAGCCCCGCAAUGAUGGUGGCAGCCCCAUCCAAGGAUACAUCAUUGAAAAACGGCGUCAUGACAAACCUGACUUUGAAAGAGUUAACACGAGACUCUGUCCCACCACAUCUUUUCUGGUUGAAAAUCUUGAUGAACACCAAAUGUAUGAAUUCCGGGUCAAAGCUGUCAAUGCAAUUGGUGAAAGUGAACCAUCCCUGCCUCUUAAUGUCGUCAUACAAGAUGAUGAAGUGCCUCCUACUAUCAAGUUACGUCUGACUGUUCGGGGAGACACUAUCAAAGUCAAGGCAGGAGAGCCAGUCAACAUCCCGGCAGAUGUGACAGGCCUUCCAAUGCCUAAGAUUGAGUGGUCCAAGAAUGACACUGUGAUCGAAAAACCCACAGAUGCACUUAAGAUAACCAAGGAAGAAGUAUCCCGAAGUGAGGCAAAGACUGAGCUCAGCAUUCCCAAAACAGUGCGGGAGGACAAAGGCACUUACACAGUUACUGCUUCCAAUCGCCUGGGCUCAGUGUUCCGAAAUGUUCACGUUGAAGUAUAUGACCGCCCAUCCCCACCAAGAAAUCUUGCUGUUACUGACAUUAAAGCUGAAUCUUGCUACUUGACAUGGGAUGCCCCCCUCGAUAAUGGUGGCAGUGAAAUCACUCAUUAUGUCAUUGACAAACGUGAUGCAAGUAGGAAAAAGAGUGAAUGGGAGGAAGUCACCAACACUGCUGUAGAGAGAAGAUAUGGGAUCUGGAAACUUAUCCCCAAUGGUCAAUAUGAGUUCCGAGUCAGGGCAGUGAAUAAAUAUGGAAUCAGUGAUGACUGCAAAUCAGACAAAGUGGUCAUUCAAGAUCCUUAUCGCCUUCCUGGACCUCCAGGAAAACCAAAAGUUUUGGAACGCACCAAAGGAUCAAUGCUAGUGAGCUGGACUCCUCCUUUGGACAAUGGUGGUGCUCCAAUUACUGGCUACUGGUUGGAGAAAAGAGAAGAGGGAGGUGCCUACUGGUCACGUGUUAGCCGAGCACCAAUAACCAAAGUGGGACUGAAAGCUGUGGAAUUUAAUGUUCCUCGUUUGAUUGAAGGUGUUAAAUACCAGUUCAGAGCCAUGGCAAUAAAUGCUGCAGGAAUUGGUCCUCCCAGUGAACCAUCAGAUCCAGCUAUUGCAGGAGAUCCCAUAUAUCCACCUGGGCCACCUUCUUGCCCAGAAGUUAAAGAUAAAACCAAGUCAAGCAUCUCACUAGGAUGGAAACCUCCAGCCAAAGAUGGUGGCAGUCCAAUCAAAGGAUACAUUGUAGAGAUGCAAGAGGAAGGCAGCAGUGACUGGAAAAGAGUCAACGAACCAGACAAACUUAUAACUACCUGUGAGUGUGUGGUGCCUAAUCUUAAAGAACUCAGGAAGUACAGAUUCAGGGUGAAAGCUGUCAAUGAAGCUGGAGAAUCUGAACCAAGUGAUACUACUGGGGAGAUCCCUGCCACUGAUAUUCAAGAGGAACCAGAAGUUUUCAUUGACAUUGGAGCACAAGACUGUCUGGUUUGUAAAGCUGGGUCAGAGAUUAGGAUUCCUGCUAUCAUCAAGGGACGCCCAACACCAAAAUCAUCUUGGGAAUUUGAUGGAAAGGCAAAGAAGGUCAUGAAGGAUGGAGUUCAUGAUAUACCUGAAGAAGCAAAGGUGGAAGCUGCUGAAAACUCCUCAGUAAUUAUAAUUCCAGAGUGUAAACGAUCUCAUUCAGGCAAAUACAGCAUCACAGCCAAGAAUAAAGCAGGACAAAAGACUGCAAAUUGCAGAGUUAAAGUGAUGGAUGUACCAGGUCCACCUAAAGAUCUGAAGGUCAGUGAUAUCACAAGGGGUAGUUGCAGACUUUCCUGGAAGAUGCCAGAUGAUGAUGGAGGAGACAGGAUCAAAGGCUAUGUUAUCGAGAAGAAGACUAUUGAUGGGAAAGCCUGGACUAAAGUCAAUCCAAACUGUGGAAGCACCACAUUUGUAGUGCCUGAUCUCAUCUCCGAACAACAGUACUUCUUCCGCGUGCGAGCAGAAAACCGUUUUGGUAUCGGGCCACCUGUGGAAACCAUUCAGAGGACCACUGCCAGAGAUCCAAUAUUUCCUCCUGAUCCUCCUAUUAAACUCAAGAUUGGCCUCAUAACAAAGGACACAGUACACCUGUCAUGGAAACCCCCAAAGAAUGAUGGGGGCUCCCCUGUCACCCACUAUAUCGUUGAGUGCCUUGCAUGGGAUCCUACUGGGAAAAAGAAGGAAGCGUGGAAACAGUGCAAUAAGCGUGACGUGGAGGAUCUUCAGUUCACCGUGGAAGACCUCGUAGAGGGUGGAGAGUAUGAAUUCAGAGUCAAAGCUGUCAAUGCUGCAGGAGUCAGCAAACCUUCAGCCACUGUGGGCCCUGUGACUGUCAAAGACCAGACAUGCCCACCAUCAAUCGAACUAAAAGAAUUCAUGGAGGUUGAAGAAGGAACUGAUGUUAACAUUGUGGCCAAAAUUAAAGGUGUGCCAUUCCCAACAUUAACCUGGUUUAAAGCUCCUCCAAGGAAGCCUGAUAACAAAGAACCUAUUGUCUAUGACACCCAUGUCAACAAACUGGUGGUGGAUGAUACUUGCACUUUAGUUAUUCCACAGUCUCGCAGGAGUGACACUGCCUUAUACAGCAUCACAGCUGUAAAUAAUCUGGGAACAGCAUCAAAGGAGAUGAGACUGAAUGUCCUUGGUCGUCCUGGCCCUCCAAUAGGACCCAUAAAGUUUGAAUCUGUUUCAUCAGAUCAAAUGACAUUAUCUUGGCUUCCACCUAAAGAUGACGGUGGGUCUAAGAUUACAAACUAUGUAAUUGAGAAAAGAGAAGCUAACAGGAAGACAUGGGUACGUGUCUCCAGUGAACCUAAAGAGUGCACGUAUACAAUUCCUAAAUUGCUAGAAGGCCAUGAAUAUGUAUUCCGAAUCAUGGCCCAGAAUAAAUAUGGCAUCGGAGAGCCUCUUGACAGUGAACCUGAAACAGCAAGGAACCUGUUCUCUGUCCCUGGAGCACCAGAUAAACCAACAGUUAGCAGUGUGACUCGUAACUCCAUGACCGUCAACUGGGAAGAGCCAGAAUAUGAUGGAGGCUCUCCUGUGACAGGAUACUGGCUAGAAAUGAAAGACACCACUUCCAAGAGAUGGAAGAGGGUUAACCGAGAUCCUAUUAAAGCUAUGACUUUGGGUGUUUCUUAUAAAGUGACUGGCCUUAUCGAAGGUUCUGACUAUCAAUUCCGUGUAUAUGCAAUCAAUGCUGCUGGUGUGGGUCCAGCAAGUCUGCCAUCAGACCCAGUGACUGCUAGAGAUCCAAUUGCACCUCCUGGUCCUCCCUUCCCCAAAGUUACGGAUUGGACUAAAUCAUCUGUAGAUCUAGAGUGGUCUCCCCCACUAAAAGAUGGUGGAUCCAAAGUAACUGGAUACAUCGUUGAAUAUAAAGAAGAAGGAAAAGAUGAAUGGGAAAAGGGUAAAGAUAAAGAAGUGAGAGGAACAAAACUUGUUGUGACGGGAUUAAAAGAAGGGGCUUUCUACAAAUUUAGAGUUAGAGCGGUCAACAUUGCAGGCAUUGGAGAACCUGGAGAAGUCACGGAUGUCAUUGAAAUGAAGGACAGAAUUGUGUCCCCUGACCUUCAGUUAGAUGCCAGCGUCAGAGACAGAAUUGUGGUCCAUGCUGGAGGAGUGAUCCGAAUCAUUGCCUAUGUAUCUGGAAAGCCUCCUCCAACAGUCACCUGGAACAUGAAUGAAAGAGCCUUACCUCAAGAAGCCACCAUUGAGGAGACAGCCAUCAGCUCGUCCAUGGUCAUCAAGAACUGCCAGAGGAGCCAUCAAGGUGUCUACUCUCUUCUUGCCAAAAAUGCAGGGGGAGAAAGAAAGAAGACAAUCAUCGUCGAUGUCUUAGAUGUGCCAGGUCCUGUUGGAGUACCAUUCCUAGCUCACAACCUAACCAAUGACUCCUGCAAACUAACAUGGUUUUCUCCAGAAGAUGAUGGAGGCUCUCCAAUCACCAACUAUGUUAUUGAAAAGCGGGAAUCUGACCGCAGAGCAUGGACCCCAGUAACAUACACAGUUACUCGACAAAAUGCUACUGUCCAGGGUCUCAUUGAAGGAAAAGCCUACUUUUUCCGAAUUGCAGCUGAAAACAGUAUCGGCAUGGGCCCAUUUACUGAGACAUCAGAAGCACUUGUUAUCAGAGAUCCGAUAACUGUACCAGAGCGUCCUGAAGACCUGGAAGUCAAGGAAGUGACUAAAGAUUCUGUAUCUUUGACUUGGAAUCCUCCUAAGUAUGAUGGCGGAUCCGAAAUUAUUAACUAUGUCCUAGAAAGCCGGCUUAUUGGAACUGAAAAGUUCCACAAAGUUACAAAGGACAACUUGCUUAGCAGAAAAUACACUGUUAAAGGCUUAAAAGAAGGUGAUACGUAUGAAUACCGUGUCAGUGCUGUCAACAUUGUUGGACAAGGCAAACCGUCAUUUUGCACCAAGCCAAUCACUUGCAAGGAUGAGCUAGCUCCCCCAACACUUGACUUGGACUUCAGAGAUAAGCUCACAGUUCGAGUUGGUGAAGCUUUUGCUCUCACUGGCCGUUACUCAGGCAAACCAAAGCCUAAGGUUUCCUGGUUCAAAGACGAAGCUGAUAUACUAGAAGAUGAUCGCACUCACAUAAAGACUACUCCGACAACACUUGCUCUAGAGAAGAUCAAGGCCAAACGUUCAGAUUCUGGCAAAUACUGUGUGGUUGUGGAGAAUAGUACAGGCUCUAGGAAAGGUUUAUGUCAAGUUAAUGUCGUUGACCGUCCUGGACCGCCAGUAGGACCAGUUAUUUUUGAUGAGGUGACCAAAGAGUACAUGGUUAUCUCCUGGAAGCCCCCUCUGGAUGAUGGAGGCAGUGAAAUUACCAAUUACAUUAUAGAGAAGAAGGAGUUGGGUAAAGACAUUUGGAUGCCUGUGACAUCUGCAAGUGCUAAGACAACGUGCAAAGUUCCUAAACUGCUUGAAGGAAAAGAUUAUAUUUUCCGGAUACACGCUGAAAAUCUGUAUGGAAUAAGUGAUCCCCUGGUGUCUGAUUCAAUGAAAGCCAAAGAUCGUUUCAGGGUUCCUGAUGCACCUGAUCAACCAAUUGUUACGGAAGUUACCAAAGACUCUGCAUUAGUGACCUGGAACAAGCCACAUGAUGGAGGAAAGCCCAUCACUAAUUACAUUCUAGAAAAGAGGGAAACUAUGUCUAAACGAUGGGCUAGAGUUACUAAAGACCCUAUCCAUCCAUACACUAAAUUUAGGGUUCCUGAUCUUCUAGAAGGAUGUCAGUAUGAAUUCCGAGUUUCUGCAGAAAAUGAAAUUGGGAUUGGAGAUCCAAGUCCACCAUCGAAACCAGUCUUUGCUAAAGAUCCAAUUGCUAAACCAAGUCCACCUAUUAAUCCUGAAGCAAUAGAUACAACAUGUAACUCAGUUGAUCUAACUUGGCAGCCACCACGUCAUGAUGGUGGCAGCAAGAUUCUGGGUUAUAUUGUUGAAUACCAGAAAGUUGGAGAUGAAGACUGGAAAAGAGCCAAUCAUACUCCUGAGUCAUGUCCUGAGACUAAAUACAAAGUUACUGGUCUCCGAGAUGGUCAAAGCUAUAAGUUCAGAGUGCGAGCAGUCAAUGAGGCUGGAGAAUCAGAGCCAGCUUAUGUUCCAGAGCCAGUCCUAGUAAAAGACAGACUUGAACCCCCUGAGUUGAUUCUUGAUGCCAACAUGGCAAGAGAACAAUACAUUAAGGUUGGUGAUACUCUAAGACUUAGUGCUGUCAUUAAAGGAGUGCCAUUCCCAAAAGUAACUUGGAAAAAAGAAGACAGGGAAGCUCCAACUAAAGCAAGAAUUGACAUCACUCCAGUUGGUAGCAAGCUUGAAAUUCGCAAUGCUGCCCAUGAGGAUGGUGGAAUCUAUUCCUUAACAGUGGAGAAUCCAGCUGGUUCAAAAACUGUCUCAGUAAAAGUACUUGUAUUAGACAAACCUGGGCCACCUAGAGAUUUGGAAGUGAGUGAAAUUAGAAAAGAUUCUUGUUACCUAACUUGGAAUGAGCCACUAGAUGAUGGUGGGUCUGUUAUUACAAACUAUGUAGUUGAGAGGAGAGAUGUUGCCACUGCCCAAUGGACACCUAUUUCAACUACAUCAAAGAAAAAGAGUCACUUGGCUAAACAUCUUAAUGAGGGCAAUCAGUAUCUCUUCCGAGUAGCUGCUGAGAACCAGUAUGGACGUGGUCCUUUUGUUGAGACACCUAAACCCAUCAAAGCUCUGGAUCCUCUUCAUCCCCCUGGGCCACCCAAAAACCUACACCAUGUGGACGUUGACAAGACUGAAGUCUCCCUCGUGUGGAAUAAGCCAGAUCGUGAUGGUGGUUCUCCAAUCACUGGCUAUUUGGUGGAAUAUAAAGAAGAAGGCACUGAGGACUGGGUUAAGUUCAAGACCGUGACAGAACUAGCGUGUGUUGUUACUGGACUACAACAAGGAAAGACCUAUAGAUUCCGUGUAAAAGCUGAAAAUAUCGUGGGUCUUGGUCUCCCUGACACAACUAUCCCAAUAGAAUGUCAAGAAAAACUAGUGCCUCCAUCUGUGGAGCUAGAUGUGAAAUUAAUUGAAGGCCUUGUGGUAAAGGCUGGAACUACAGUCAGAUUCCCUGCUAUUAUAAGAGGUGUGCCUGUGCCUACUGCAAAGUGGACAUCCGACGGGGUUGAGAUUAAAACAGAUGAGCACUACACAGUGGAAACUGACAGCUUCUCCUCAGUACUUACCAUUAAGAACUGCUUAAGGAAAGACACUGGGGAAUAUCAAAUCACAGUUUCCAAUGCAGCUGGUAGCAAAACAGUACCUGUGCACCUUACCGUUCUUGAUGUUCCAGGUCCACCAACAGGUCCCAUUAAUAUUCUGGAUGUUACCCCUGAACACAUGACUAUCUCGUGGCUGCCACCUAAGGAUGAUGGAGGAAGCCCUGUGAUCAAUUACAUUGUUGAGAAAAAAGAAACAAAGAAAGACACAUGGGGUGUUGUUUCUUCAGGAAGCAGUAAGACAAGGCUGAAAAUCCCCCAUUUGCAGAAGGGCUGUGAAUAUGUUUUCAGAGUUAGAGCCGAGAAUAAGAUAGGUGUUGGUCCUCCCCUGGACUCCAUACCUACAGUUGCUAAACAUAAGUUUAGUCCUCCAUCUCCUCCUGGUAAACCGGUGGUUACUGACAUUACUGAAAAUGCAGCAACAGUGUCUUGGACGCUGCCAAAAUCUGAUGGUGGCAGUCCAAUAACUGGCUACUAUGUAGAACGUCGAGAAAUAACUGGCAAAUGGGUGAGGGUCAACAAAACACCUAUAGCUGAUCUGAAGUUUAGAGUGACUGGACUCUAUGAGGGAAACACAUAUGAGUUUAGAGUUUUUGCUGAAAAUCUUGCAGGACUAAGCAAUCCAUCCCCGAGUUCUGACCCAAUAAAGGCUUGCCGGCCCAUCAAACCACCUGGACCGCCUAUUAAUCCCAAACUGAUAGACAAGAGCAGAGAAACAGCUGACCUUGUGUGGACAAAGCCUCUCAGUGAUGGUGGCAGCCCCAUUCUAGGAUAUGUAGUGGAAUGUCAGAAACCUGGCACGACACAAUGGGACAGGAUUAAUAAAGAUGCACUCAUCAGGCAAUGUGCCUUUAGGGUACCUGGACUAAUUGAAGGAAAUGAGUACAGAUUCCGUAUAAAAGCAGCUAAUAUAGUAGGAGAGGGAGAACCAAGAGAGCUAGCAGAAUCUGUGAUUGCAAAAGACAUCCUGCACCCUCCAGAAGUAGAACUUGAUGUUACCUGUCGUGACGUUAUUACUGUCAGAGUGGGCCAAACUAUCCGCAUUCUUGCUCGAGUCAAAGGCAGACCUGAACCAGACAUAACAUGGUCAAAGGAAGGCAAAGUGUUGGUCCGAGAGAAGCGAGUUGACCUAAUUCACGAUCUACCUAGGGUUGAGUUACACAUUAAAGAAGCUGUUAGAGCAGAUCAUGGCAAGUACAUCAUCUCAGCUAAGAACAGCAGUGGACAUGCCCAAGGUUCAGCCAUUGUUAAUGUCCUCGACAGACCUGGACCUUGCCAGAAUUUGAAGGUCAGCAAUGUAACCAAAGAAAACUGUACAAUUUCUUGGGAAAACCCAAUAGAUAAUGGAGGCUCAGAAAUAACAAAUUUCAUAGUAGAAUAUCGCAAACCAAAUCAGAAAGGCUGGUCAAUUGUUGCUUCAGAUGUCACUAAGCGAUUAAUCAAGGCCAACCUUUUAGCCAACAAUGAAUACUACUUCCGUGUUUGUGCAGAGAAUAAAGUAGGUGUUGGGCCAACUAUUGAAACAAAAACUCCCAUUCUGGCUAUUAACCCCAUUGACAGACCAGGUGAGCCUGAAAACCUGCACAUUGCAGAUAAAGGAAAGACAUUUGUCUAUCUCAAGUGGCGGCGGCCUGAUUAUGAUGGUGGCAGCCCAAAUCUAUCCUAUCAUGUUGAAAGGAGGCUGAAGGGCUCUGAUGACUGGGAGAGAGUGCACAAAGGAAGCAUUAAGGAAACCCAGUACAUGGUUGACAAAUGCGUUGAAAACCAGAUUUAUGAGUUCAGAGUGCAAACAAAGAAUGAAGGUGGGGAAAGUGACUGGGUGAAGACAGAGGAAGUCGUUGUGAAGGAAGACUUACAGAAACCAGUGCUUGACCUGAAAUUAAGUGGUGUACUCACUGUCAAAGCAGGGGAAACCAUUCGACUUGAGGCAGGGGUUAGAGGCAAACCAUUCCCAGAAGUUGUAUGGACCAAGGACAGAGAUGCUACAGACUUAACAAGAUCACCAAGGGUCAAGAUUGAUACCAGUGCUGAUUCAUCUAAAUUUUCUCUUACUAAAGCAAAGCGAAGUGAUGGUGGGAAAUAUGUAAUUACUGCAACUAACACAGCUGGCAGUUUUGUGGCCUAUGCCACUGUCAACGUUUUAGAUAAGCCUGGGCCUGUAAGAAAUCUGAAAGUUGUUGAUGUGACCAGUGACAGGUGUACUCUUCGCUGGGAUCCACCAGAAGAUGAUGGUGGCUGUGAAAUCCAAAAUUAUAUUCUAGAAAAAUGUGAGACCAAGAGAAUGGUUUGGUCUACCUAUUCUGCUAACAUCUUGACACCUGGUGCUACAGUAACACGUCUCAUAGAAGGAAAUGAAUAUAUUUUCAGAGUCCGUGCAGAAAAUAAAAUAGGCACAGGGCCUCCAACAGAAAGUAAGCCAGUCAUAGCAAAAACCAAAUAUGAUAGACCUGGUCGCCCUGAUCCCCCAGAAGUCACUAAAGUAAGCAAAGAAGAGAUGACUGUGGUUUGGAAUCCUCCUGAAUAUGAUGGUGGGAAGUCUAUCACAGGAUACUAUUUGGAGAAAAAAGAAAAACAUUCAGUACGAUGGGUUCCUGUUAACAAGAGCGCAAUCUCUGAGAGACGUAUGAAAGUACAGAAUCUCCUCCCAGAUCAUGAGUAUCAGUUCCGUGUCAAAGCAGAAAAUGAAAUUGGAAUUGGAGAACCAAGCCUGCCAUCAAGACCAGUGGUGGCAAAAGACCCCAUAGAGCCUCCUGGUCCACCAACCAAUUUCAAAGUGGUUGAUACAACCAAAAAUUCCAUAACUCUUUCAUGGGGAAAACCAGUCUACGAUGGUGGUGCGCCAAUAAUUGGAUAUGUUAUGGAAAUGAGACCAAAAAUAGCAGAUGCAUCACCUGAUGAAGGCUGGAAAAGGUGCAGUGCCGCAGCACAACUUGUUCGCAUGGAAUUCACUGCUACCAGCUUGGAUGAAAACCAGGAAUAUGAGUUCAGGGUGUGUGCCCAAAACCAAGUUGGCAUUGGGCGCCCUGCAGAACUAAAGGAAGCUAUCAAACCUAAAGAAAUACUAGAACCUCCAGAGAUUGAUUUGGAUGCAAGCAUGAGAAAACUGGUCACAGUGAGAGCGGGAUGCCCUAUUCGACUAUUUGCUAUAGUGAGAGGGCGACCAUCCCCUAGAGUCACUUGGCGAAAAGUAGGUAUUGAUAAUGUGGCCAGAAGAGGACAGGUUGAUCUGGUUGAUACUAUGGCCUUCCUGGUCAUCCCCAAUUCUACUCGUGAUGACUCAGGAAAAUAUUCCUUAAAGCUUGUGAACCCGGCAGGAGAAAAGGCUGUCUUCGUAAAUGUCAGAGUAUUAGACACUCCUGGACCUGUAUCUGAUUUGAAAGUUUCGGAUGUCACAAAAACAUCAUGCCAUGUGUCCUGGGCACCUCCUGAAAACGAUGGUGGGAGCCAAGUAACACAUUACAUUGUGGAGAAACGUGAGGCUGAGAGAAAGACAUGGUCAACUGUUACCCCAGAAGUUAAGAAAACGAGCUUCCAUGUAACCAAUCUUGUCCCUGGGAAUGAGUAUUACUUCAGAGUAACUGCUGUCAAUGAGUAUGGCCCUGGUGUCCCAGCAGACGUCCCCAAACCAGUACUUGCCUCAGAUCCUCUGAGUGAGCCAGAUCCUCCCAGGAAAUUAGAAGUGACUGAAAUGACAAAGAACAGUGCGACCUUAGCCUGGUUACCUCCACUGCGUGAUGGAGGGGCCAAAAUCGAUGGCUAUAUCAUAAGUUACAGAGAAGAAGAGCAGCCUGCAGAUCGCUGGACAGAGUACUCAGUAGUAAAAGAUCUCAGCCUGGUAGUCCAUGGCCUGAAGGAAGGAAAGAAAUACAAAUUUAGAGUAGCAGCCAGAAAUGCUGUUGGAGUCAGUUUACCAAGAGAAGCUGAAGGAGUAUAUGAAGCCAAAGAACAGCUGAUACCACCAAAGAUCCUUAUGCCAGAGCAAAUUACUAUUAAAGCUGGGAAGAAACUCCGAAUUGAAGCCCAUGUAUAUGGAAAGCCUCAUCCCAUAUGUAAAUGGAAAAAAGGAGAAGAUGAAGUCGUCACAUCCAGCCACCUGGCAGUGCAUAAAGCAGACAGCUCUUCAGUUCUGAUUAUAAAAGAUGUUACCAGGAAAGACAGUGGUUACUACAGCCUCACAGCAGAGAACAGCAGUGGGACAGACACUCAGAAAAUCAAAGUUACAGUCAUGGAUGCCCCUGGGCCCCCCCAGCCUCCAUUCGACAUCUCUGACAUAGAUGCCGAUGCGUGCUCCCUGGCAUGGCACAUCCCUCUGGAGGAUGGAGGCAGCAACAUCACCAAUUACAUCGUGGAGAAGUGUGACGUAAGCCGUGGUGAUUGGGUCACAGCUCUAGCUUCAGUCACAAAAACUUCCUGCAGGGUCGGAAAACUGAUCCCAGGCCAGGAGUACGUGUUCCGGGUCCGUGCUGAAAAUCGAUUUGGCAUUUCAGAGCCUCUCGUGUCUCCAAAGAUGCUUGCUAAGUUCCCAUUCGGCGUUCCUAGUGAGCCAAAGAAUGCACGAGUCACCAAAGUCAACAAAGACUGCAUUUUUGUUGCAUGGGACAGACCAGACAGUGAUGGAGGGAGCCCCAUUACUGGUUACCUGAUUGAACGCAAGGAAAGAAACAGUUUGCUCUGGGUAAAAGCUAAUGAUACUCUUGUCCGGUCGACUGAAUAUCCUUGUGCUGGCCUCGUGGAAGGUCUUGAGUAUUCAUUCAGAAUAUACGCCCUGAACAAAGCUGGAUCCAGCCCACCCAGCAAACCCACAGAAUAUGUAACCGCAAGAAUGCCAGUUGAUCCUCCUGGGAAACCUGAAGUUAUUGAUGUCACCAAGAGCACUGUAUCCCUUAUCUGGGCCCGUCCGAAGCAUGAUGGAGGCAGUAAAAUUAUUGGCUACUUUGUAGAGGCUUGCAAACUUCCAGGUGAUAAGUGGGUCCGGUGUAAUACUACACCUCUCCAGAUUCCCCAGGAAGAGUAUACAGCUACUGGCUUAGAAGAGAACGCUCAGUAUCAAUUUAGAGCAAUUGCCAAGACUGCAGUAAACAUCAGCCAGCCUUCUGAGCCUUCUGAUCCAGUGACUAUCCUCGCAGAAAAUGUUCCUCCCAGGAUAGAGCUGGGUGUGGCUAUGAGAUCUUUGCUUACUGUGAAAGCUGGAACCAAUGUUUGCUUGGAUGCUACUGUUUUUGGUAAACCAAUGCCAACAGUUUCUUGGAAGAAAGAUGAUGGCACACAGCUAAAACCAGCAGAAGGCAUCAAGAUUGCCAUGAAGCGGAACCUGUGUACUUUGGAGCUGUUCAGCGUGAACAGAAAGGACUCCGGAGACUAUACCAUUACUGCUGAAAAUUCAAGUGGUUCCAAAUCAGCCACCAUUAAGCUUAAAGUGUUAGAUAAACCAGGCCCUCCAGCGUCUGUUAAAAUCAACAAAAUGUAUUCAGAUCGUGCAAUGCUUUCUUGGGAACCUCCUCUCGAUGAUGGAGGCUCAGAAAUCACCAACUACAUUAUUGACAAACGUGAAACAAGCAGGCCCAACUGGGCUCAAGUCUCUGCUACUGUGCCCAUCACCAGCUGCAGUGUGGAGAAGCUUAUAGAGGGCCAUGAGUAUCAGUUCCGCAUUUGUGCUGAAAACAAAUAUGGAGUGGGUGAUCCAAUCUUCACUGAACCAGCAAUUGCUAAAAACCCAUACGAUCCACCUGGACGCUGUGAUCCUCCUGUUAUUAGCAAUAUAACCAAAGAUCACAUGACAGUCAGCUGGAAACCACCAGCAGAUGACGGUGGCUCACCCAUCACUGGCUAUUUGCUUGAAAAGCGGGAAACCCAGACACUUAACUGGACUAAAGUCAAUAGAAAGCCUGUGAUAGAAAGAACAAUAAAAGCAACAGGUCUCCAAGAAGGUACCGAAUAUGAGUUCCGAGUUACAGCUAUAAACAAAGCUGGACCAGGCAAACCCAGUGAUGCAUCCAAGGCCGUUUAUGCUCGGGACCCUCUGUAUCCUCCUGGCCCACCGGCUUUCCCAAAAGUGUAUGAUACAACCCGUAGUUCUGUGAGUCUGUCUUGGGGCAAGCCAGCCUAUGAUGGCGGUAGCCCUAUCAUCGGUUAUCUUGUGGAAGCAAAACGAGCUGAAUCCGAUAACUGGGUGAGGUGCAAUUUACCAGAGAAGCUACAGAAAACCCGUUUUGAGGUUACUGGCUUGAUGGAAAACACAGAAUAUCAAUUCCGCGUGUAUGCUGUUAAUAAGAUUGGAUACAGUGACCCCAGUGAUGUGCCAGAUAAACACUGCCCCAAGGACAUCUUAAUUCCACCUGAGGGAGAACUUGAUGCAGAUCUAAGGAAAACACUGAUAUUACGUGCUGGAGUUACUAUGAGACUGUAUGUACCAGUAAAAGGACGUCCACCACCAAAGAUUACGUGGUCUAAACCAAAUGUCAAUCUAAGAGAAAGGAUUGGACUGGACAUAAAGUCAACUGACUUUGACACUUUCUUGCGUUGUGAAAAUGUGAAUAAAUAUGAUGCAGGGAAAUAUAUCUUGACCCUGGAGAAUAGCUGUGGCAAAAAGGAAUACACCAUUGUGGUAAAAGUGCUUGAUACUCCUGGGCCCCCCAUCAAUGUGACUGUUAAGGAAAUAUCCAAAGACUCUGCUUAUGUCACCUGGGAGCCUCCUAUCAUUGAUGGUGGAAGCCCCAUCAUAAACUAUGUGGUAGAAAAACGUGAUGCAGAGAGAAAAUCCUGGUCUACAGUGACAACUGAGUGCUCAAAAACAAGCUUCAGAGUACCUAACUUGGAGGAGGGGAAAUCCUACUUCUUCAGGGUGUUUGCUGAAAAUGAGUAUGGCAUCGGUGAUCCUGGUGAAACACGUGACGCCGCCAAAGCUUCCGAAACCCCUGGACCAGUUGUGGACCUGAAAGUCAUGUCUGUAUCUAAGUCAUCUUGUACCAUUGGCUGGAAAAAGCCUCGCAGUGAUGGUGGAAGUCGAAUUACCGGAUAUGUAGUCGAUUUCCUGACUGAAGACAAUAAGUGGCAACGAGUUAUGAAGUCUUUAAGCCUACAGUACUCCGCAAGAGAUCUUCAUGAAGGGAAGGAAUACACCUUCAGAGUGAGUGCUGAGAAUGAAAAUGGAGAAGGAACUCCCAGUGAAAUCUCCGUCGUGGCAAAGGAUGAUGUUGUGGCUCCUGAUCUUGACUUAAAAGAUCUACCUGAUUUGUGCUACUUGGCUAAAGAAAACAGCAACUUCCGUCUUAAGAUCCCCAUAAAAGGCAAGCCAGCUCCAUCAGUAACCUGGAAGAAAGGAGAAGAUCCUCUCCCAACUGACACAAGAGUCAGCGUUGAAUCAUCUGCAGUUAACACAACUCUUAUAGUAUAUGAUUGCCAAAAAUCUGAUGCUGGAAAAUAUACAAUCACACUUAAGAAUGUUGCUGGCACCAAGGAAGGAACUAUCUCCAUAAAGGUUGUUGGCAAGCCUGGCAUCCCCACUGGGCCAAUCAAAUUUGAUGAAGUCACAGCAGACGCCAUGACCUUAAAGUGGCAUCCUCCAAAGGAUGACGGAGGUUCUGAGAUCACCAACUAUAUCCUGGAGAAGAGAGAUUCUGUGAACAACAAGUGGGUGACAUGUGCCUCUGCUGUCCAGAAAACCACCUUCAGAGUAACCAGACUGCAUGAGGGCAUGGAAUAUACCUUUAGGGUCAGUGCUGAAAAUAAAUAUGGUGUAGGUGAAGGCCUCAAAUCAGAACCAAUUGUUGCAAAACAUCCAUUUGAUGUACCUGAUGCUCCCCCACCUCCCAAGAUUGUGGAUGUCAGACACGACUCAGUUUCUCUAACUUGGACUGAUCCCAAGAAAACUGGUGGCUCUCCAAUUACAGGGUAUCAUAUUGAGUUCAAAGAAAGAAACAGCCUUUUGUGGAAGAGAGCUAACAAGACUCCUAUCAGAAUGAAAGACUUCAAAGUGACAGGACUAACUGAAGGUCUUGAGUAUGAAUUCCGAGUUAUGGCAAUCAAUUUAGCAGGUGUAGGCAAGCCAAGCCUGCCAUCAGAGCCAGUCGUGGCACUUGACCCAAUUGAUCCUCCUGGAAAACCUGAGGUUAUUAAUGUAACAAGGAAUUCAGUGACUCUUAUUUGGACUGAACCCAAAUAUGAUGGUGGUCAUAAGUUAACCGGAUAUAUAGUGGAGAAACGGGAUCUCCCUUCUAAGACUUGGAUGAAAGCCAAUCACGUUAAUGUACCUGACUGUGCCUUUACUGUAACUGACCUUGUUGAGGGUGGAAAGUAUGAAUUCAGAGUUAGAGCAAAGAAUACAGCAGGUGCUAUCAGUGCUCCAUCAGAAAGUACAGGAACCAUUAUUUGCAAGGAUGAAUAUGAGGCACCAACCAUUGUCCUUGAUCCAACAAUAAAAGAUGGGCUAACAGUGAAAGCAGGGGAAACCAUUGUUUUGAGUGCCAUUAGCAUUCUCGGCAAACCCCUGCCAAAGUCAAGUUGGUCCAAGGCAGGAAAAGAUAUUAGACCAUCAGAUAUCGCUCAGAUAACUACGACCCCGACAUCUUCCAUGCUUGCUAUCAAGUAUUCCACAAGAAAAGAUGCUGGUGAAUACACCAUCACUGCUACCAAUGCUUUUGGCACAAAGGAGGAACAUGUGAAGGUAACAGUCCUUGAUGUACCUGGUCCUCCGGGUCCUAUUGAAAUCAGUAAUGUUUCUGCUGAAAAAGCAACACUUACCUGGACACCUCCCUUGGAAGAUGGUGGCUCACCGAUUAAGUCCUACGUUCUUGAAAAGAGAGAAACCAGUAGACUUUUAUGGACGGUGGUUUCUGAAGAUAUCCAGUCUUGCAGGCAUGUGGCAACCAAACUUAUCCAAGGAAAUGAGUACAUCUUCCGGGUUUCAGCUGUAAACCAUUAUGGCCAAGGAGAACCCGUACAGUCUGAGCCUGUCAAAAUGGUAGACAGAUUUGGUCCUCCUGGCCCUCCUGAAAAACCAGAGGUAUCAAAUGUCACUAAGAACACUGCAACUGUCAGCUGGAAGAGACCAGUGGAUGAUGGUGGCAGUGAAAUCACAGGAUAUCAUAUAGAAAGGAGAGAAAAGAAAAGCUUGCGAUGGGUGAGGGCAACAAAGACACCCGUUUCCGAUCUCAGAUGCAAAGUAACAGGAUUGCAAGAAGGAAGCACCUAUGAAUUCCGUGUCAGUGCAGAAAACAGAGCAGGAAUUGGUCCACCUAGUGCUGCUUCAAAUUCCGUUCUAAUGAAAGAUGCUGCAUAUCCUCCAGGGCCACCUGCAAAUGCACGUGUCACUGAUACCACCAAGAAAUCUGCUUCCCUAGCAUGGGGCAAGCCUCAUUAUGAUGGUGGACUUGAAAUCACGGGCUAUAUUGUAGAGCAUCAAAAAGUAGGAGAAGAGGCCUGGAUAAAAGACACAACAGGAACUGCUCUCAGAAUCACUGAGUUUGUUGUCCCUGAUCUUCAUACUAAAGAAAAAUACAACUUUAGAAUCAGUGCCAUUAAUGAUGCAGGUGUCGGGGAGCCAGCACUGAUUCCAGAUGUUGAAAUUGUAGAACGGGAAGUGGCUCCUGAUUUUGAACUAGAUGCUGAGCUUCGAAGAACACUUGUUGUUAGAGCAGGACUCAGUAUUAGAAUAUUUGUGCCAAUUAAAGGUCGUCCUGCACCUGAAGUGACGUGGACCAAAGAUGAUGUCAACCUGAAAACCCGAGCCAACAUUGAAAACACAGAGUCAUUUACUCUCCUGAUUAUCCCAGAAUGUAACAGAUAUGACACCGGUAAAUUUGUGAUGACCAUUGAAAACCCUGCUGGAAAGAAAAGUGGCUUUGUUAAUGUCAGAGUCUUGGACACGCCAGGCCCUGUCCUCAACCUACGACCUACAGACAUCACAAAGGACAGUGUCACCCUGCAUUGGGACCUCCCUCUGAUAGAUGGAGGCUCACGUAUAACAAACUAUAUUAUAGAGAAACGUGAAGCAACGCGGAAAUCUUAUGCCACAGCCACUACAAAGUGCCAUAAAUGUACGUAUAAAGUUACUGGCUUGACUGAAGGAUGUGAAUACUUCUUCAGAGUGAUGGCAGAGAAUGAAUAUGGAAUUGGUGAGCCAACAGAAACUACAGAACCUGUGAGAGCCUCUGAAGCACCGUCACCACCAGACAGCCUUAACAUCAUGGACAUAACUAGGAGCACUGUCAGCCUGGCAUGGCCUAAACCCAAGCACGAUGGUGGCAGCAAGAUCACUGGCUAUGUGAUUGAAGCCCAAAGAAAAGGUGCUGACCAGUGGACCCACAUCACAACUGUGAAAGGCUUAGAAUGUGUUGUGAGGAAUCUAACCGAGGGGGAGGAAUACACCUUCCAAGUGAUGGCAGUGAACAGUGCCGGGAGAAGUGCCCCUCGAGAGAGCAGACCCGUCAUUGUCAAGGAGCAGACAAUGCUUCCAGAGUUGGAUCUUCGUGGCAUCUAUCAGAAAUUGGUCAUUGCCAGAGCUGGGGACAACAUCAAAGUAGAAAUUCCAGUGCUUGGCCGACCACAGCCCACAGUGACAUGGAAGAAAGGAGACCAAAUUCUUAAACAGACACAGAGAGUUAAUUUUGAAAACACAGCAACUUCAACCAUCUUAAAUAUCAACGAGUGUGUCCGAAGUGAUAGCGGGCCCUAUCCAUUAACAGCAAGGAACAUUGUAGGAGAGGUCGGUGAUGUCAUCACCAUUCAAGUUCAUGAUAUCCCAGGGCCACCUACUGGACCAAUCAAAUUUGAUGAAGUUUCAUCUGAUUUUGUAACCUUUUCUUGGGACCCCCCUGAAAAUGAUGGAGGUGUUCCAAUAAGCAACUACGUGGUAGAAAUGCGGCAGACUGACAGCACCACCUGGGUCGAAUUAGCAACCACUGUUAUACGCACAACCUAUAAAGCCACCCGCCUUACUACUGGUGUAGAGUAUCAAUUCCGUGUAAAAGCUCAAAACAGAUAUGGAGUUGGACCAGGCAUCACAUCAGCAUCUGUCGUUGCCAACUAUCCAUUUAAGGUUCCUGGGCCUCCUGGUACCCCCCAGGUAACAGCAGUUACCAAAGAUUCAAUGACAAUUAGCUGGCACGAGCCUCUUUCUGAUGGGGGAAGCCCCAUUUUAGGAUAUCACAUUGAAAGAAAAGAACGAAAUGGUAUUCUCUGGCAGACUGUGAGCAAAGCAUUAGUACCAGGCAACAUUUUCAAAUCAACUGGACUUACAGAUGGUAUUGCUUAUGAAUUCCGAGUGAUUGCAGAAAACAUGGCAGGCAAAAGCAAGCCAAGCAAGCCGUCUGAACCUAUGUUAGCUUUGGAUCCCAUCGACCCACCUGGGAAACCUGUACCUUUAAAUAUUACUAGACAUACUGUGACACUUAAAUGGGCCAAGCCUGAAUAUACUGGAGGCUUUAAAAUUACUAGUUAUAUAGUUGAAAAGAGAGACCUUCCUAAUGGCCGGUGGCUAAAGGCUAACUUCAGCAACAUUUUGGAGAAUGAAUUUACAGUCAGUGGCCUAACAGAAGACGCUGCAUAUGAAUUCCGUGUGAUUGCCAAAAAUGCUGCUGGUGCCAUCAGUCCACCAUCUGAGCCAUCCGAUGCUAUCACGUGCAGGGACGACAUUGAAGCACCAAGGAUCAUGGUAGAUGUCAGAUUUAAGGACACAGUUAUAUUAAAAGCUGGUGAAGCGUUCAAGCUGGAAGCUGAUGUUUCGGGUCGCCCACCCCCAACAAUGGAGUGGACCAAAGAUGGAAAGGAGCUAGAAAACACAGCAAAAUUAGAAAUAAAAAUUGCAGAUUUCUCUACUAAUCUGGUAAACAAGGAUUCAUCGAGAACGGACAGUGGUGCCUAUACACUCACAGCGACUAAUCCUGGUGGCUUUGCCAAACAUAUUUUCAAUGUCAAAGUCCUUGAUAGACCAGGCCCACCUGAAGGACCUUUAGAUGUAUCUGAAGUGACAUCAGAAAAGUGUGUGUUAUCAUGGUUGCCUCCACUAGAUGAUGGAGGUGCCAAAAUCGAUCACUACAUAAUACAGAAACGUGAAACCAGCAGGUUGGCCUGGACAAAUGUAGCCUCAGAAGUCCAAGUAACAAAACUAAAGGUCACUAAACUUCUGAAAGGCAAUGAAUACAUAUUCCGUGUCAUGGCUGUAAAUAAAUAUGGAGUUGGAGAGCCACUAGAAUCAGAGCCUGUGCUUGCAGUGAAUCCUUAUGGACCCCCUGAUCCACCCAAAAAUCCUGAAGUUACAACAAUUACUAAAGAUUCGAUGGUUGUCUGCUGGGGACAUCCUGACUCUGAUGGAGGAAGUGAAAUCAUCAAUUAUAUUGUGGAACGGCGUGAUAAAGCCGGGCAACGCUGGGUGAAAUGCAACAAAAAGACUCUUACUGAUUUAAGAUAUAAAGUUUCUGGACUGACAGAAGGACAUGAAUAUGAGUUCAGGAUUAUGGCUGAAAAUGCUGCUGGAAUUAGUGCACCAAGUGCUACAAGUCCAUUUUAUAAGGCUUGUGAUGCUGUAUUUAAACCUGGCCCACCAGGUAACCCACGAGUUCUAGAUACAAGCAGAUCAUCCAUUUCAAUCGCUUGGAAUAAACCUAUCUAUGAUGGUGGUUCAGAAAUCACUGGGUAUAUGGUUGAGAUUGCCCUGCCAGAGGAAGAUGAGUGGCAGGUCGUCACUCCACCAGCUGGGCUCAAGGCAACUUCUUAUACCAUCACCAACCUCAUGGAGAAUCAAGAAUAUAAAAUUCGCAUCUAUGCCAUGAAUUCUGAAGGACUUGGGGAACCUGCCCUUGUUCCUGGAACUCCAAAGGCUGAAGACAGAUUGCUGCCUCCAGAGAUUGAACUGGAUGCUGACCUGCGCAAAGUUGUUACUAUAAGAGCCUGUUGUACCCUGAGACUUUUUGUUCCAAUCAAAGGAAGGCCUGCACCUGAGGUGAAGUGGACCCGAGAACAUGGAGAAUCUUUAGAGAAAGCCAGCAUUGAAUCCACAAGCUCUUAUACCCUGCUUAUUGUUGGAAAUGUAAACCGAUUCGACAGUGGCAAAUACAUACUAACUGUAGAAAACAGCUCAGGCAGCAAGUCCGCAUUUGUCAAUGUUAGAGUACUAGAUACCCCAGGCCCUCCACAGAACCUGAAGGUAAAGGAGGUCACCAAGACAUCUGUCACCCUGACAUGGGAGCCUCCUCUCCUGGACGGAGGUUCAAAAAUAAAGAACUAUAUUGUUGAAAAGCGGGAAUCAACAAGAAAAGCAUAUUCAACAGUUGCCACGAACUGCCACAAGACUUCCUGGAAAGUAGAGCAGCUUCAAGAAGGCUGUAGCUACUAUUUCAGGGUUCUCGCUGAAAAUGAAUAUGGCAUUGGGCUGCCCGCUGAAACUGCAGAAUCUGUGAAAGCAUCAGAACGACCUCUUCCUCCAGGAAAAAUAACCUUGGUGGAUGUCACAAGAAACAGUGUGUCACUCUCAUGGGAGAAACCAGAGCAUGAUGGAGGCAGCCGAAUUCUAGGCUACAUUGUGGAGAUGCAGAGCAAAGGCAGUGAUAAAUGGGCCACAUGUGCCACAGUCAAGGUCACCGAAGCCACUAUAACUGGGUUAAUUCAGGGUGAGGAAUACUCCUUCCGUGUUUCAGCUCAGAAUGAAAAAGGCAUCAGUGAUCCUAGACAACUGAGCGUGCCAGUGAUUGCCAAAGAUCUUGUCAUUCCACCAGCCUUCAAACUCCCAUUCAAUACUUUCACCGUCUUGGCAGGUGAAGACCUGAAAGUUGAUGUUCCAUUCAUUGGCCGCCCUACACCAGCUGUAACCUGGCAUAAAGACGAUGUGCCACUGAAGCAGACAACCCGAGUCAAUGCAGAGAGCACAGAAAAUAACUCACUGCUGACAAUAAAGGAAGCUUGCCGAGAAGAUGUUGGCCAUUAUGUAGUGAAACUAACUAACUGUGCUGGUGAAGCUACUGAAACCCUUAAUGUUAUUGUCCUUGACAAACCAGGGCCUCCAAGUGGACCAGUUAAAAUGGAUGAAGUAACUGCUGACAGUAUUACUCUUUCCUGGGGCCCACCUAAGUAUGAUGGGGGAAGUUCUAUCAAUAACUACAUUGUUGAGAAACGGGACACUUCCACAACCACCUGGCAAAUUGUGUCAGCCACGGUUGCAAGGACAACAAUAAAGGCUUGCAGAUUAAAGACUGGAUGUGAAUAUCAGUUUAGAAUUGCAGCUGAAAACCGAUAUGGAAAGAGUACCUACCUCAAUUCAGAGCCUAUUGUGGCCCAGUAUCCAUUCAAAGUUCCUGGUCCUCCCGGCACUCCUAUUGUCACUCUCUCCUCCAAGGACAGCAUGGAAGUACAGUGGAACGAGCCAGUCAGCGAUGGAGGAAGCAGAGUCAUUGGCUAUCAUCUAGAACGCAAGGAAAGAAAUAGCAUCCUCUGGGUUAAGCUGAAUAAAACACCCAUUCCUCAAACCAAGUUUAAAGCAACUGGCCUUGAAGAAGGCAUUGAAUAUGAAUUUAGAGUCUCUGCAGAGAACAUUGUGGGCAUUGGCAAGCCAAGUAAAGUGUCAGAGUGCUAUGUAGCUCGUGACCCCUGUGAUCCACCAGGACGACCAGAAGCAAUCAUUGUCACAAGGAAUUCUGUGACACUUCAGUGGAAGAAACCUGCCUAUGAUGGUGGAAGCAAGAUCACUGGUUAUGUCGUUGAGAAGAAAGAAUUACCCGAGGGCCGCUGGAUGAAAGCCAGUUUUACAAAUAUCAUUGACACCCAGUUUGAAGUAACUGGCCUUGUUGAAGACCACAGAUAUGAGUUCCGGGUUAUUGCUCGAAAUGCUGCAGGAGUGUUCAGUGAGCCUUCAGAGAGCACAGGAGCGAUCACUGCAAGGGAUGAAAUUGAGCCACCACGAAUCAGUGUGGAUCCAAAAUUCAAAGACACAGUCACGGUGCAUGCUGGUGAGUCAUUCAGGGUCGAUGCAGACGUUUACGGCAAACCAAUACCAACCAUUCAGUGGAUUAAAGGCGAUCAGGAGCUUUCAAGCACAGCUCGAUUAGAAAUAAAGAGCACUGACUUUGCCACCAGUCUCAGCAUAAAGGAUGCAGUUCGUGUUGACAGUGGAAAUUAUAUACUAAAGGCCAAAAAUGUUGCAGGAGAACGAUCAGUGACUGUGAAUGUCAAAGUUCUUGAUAGGCCAGGUCCACCUGAAGGACCUGUUGUCAUCUCAGGAGUUACAGCAGAAAAAUGCUCACUUGCUUGGAAACCCCCACUUCAGGAUGGUGGGAGUGAUAUCAUAAAUUAUAUUGUGGAAAGGAGAGAAACCAGCCGCUUAGUUUGGACUGUGGUUGAUGCCAAUGUGCAAACUCUCAGCUGCAAAGUUACUAAGCUUCUUGAAGGCAAUGAAUAUAUUUUCCGUAUAAUGGCUGUAAACAAAUAUGGUGUUGGUGAACCUCUUGAAUCUGAGCCAGUCAUUGCCAAGAAUCCAUUUGUAGUGCCAGAUGCACCAAAAGCUCCAGAAGUUACAACAGUGACCAAAGACUCAAUGAUUGUUGUAUGGGAAAGGCCAGCAUCUGAUGGUGGCAGUGAAAUUCUUGGUUAUGUUCUUGAAAAACGAGAUAAAGAGGGCAUUAGAUGGACAAGAUGCCAUAAGCGUCUGGUUGGGGAGUUGCGUUUGAGAGUAACUGGACUCAUAGAAAAUCACAAUUAUGAGUUCAGAGUCUCAGCUGAGAAUGCUGCCGGACUUAGUGAACCAAGCCUUCCUUCUGCUUACCAAAAGGCUUGUGAUCCCAUUUAUAAGCCAGGACCUCCAAACAACCCAAAAGUCAUAGAUGUUACCAGGUCUUCAGUUUUCCUGUCUUGGAGCAAACCAAUAUAUGAUGGUGGCUGUGAAAUCCAAGGAUAUAUUGUUGAAAAAUGUGAUGUGAGUGUUGGUGAUUGGACAAUGUGCACUCCACCAACUGGAAUCAAUAAAACAAAUAUAGAAGUUGAGAAGCUCUUGGAAAAGCAUGAAUACAACUUCCGUAUCUGUGCUAUUAAUAAAGCUGGAGUUGGAGAACAUGCAGAUGUCCCUGGACCUGUUAUAGUUGAAGAAAAACUAGAAGCACCUGACAUUGAUCUUGACCUAGAAUUAAGGAAAAUUAUAAAUAUAAGAGCAGGGGGCUCCUUAAGGUUAUUUGUUCCCAUAAGAGGUCGUCCUACACCAGAAGUUAAAUGGGGGAAGGUGGAUGGUGAAAUACGAGAUGCAGCUAUAAUUGACAUCACUAGCAGUUUCACCUCUCUUGUUCUUGACAACGUUAACCGAUACGACAGUGGAAAAUACACUCUCACUUUAGAAAACAGCAGUGGAACAAAGUCUGCCUUUGUUACUGUGAGAGUCCUGGACACACCAAGUCCACCUGUUAACUUAAAAGUCACAGAUAUCACCAAAGACUCAGUAUCAAUUACAUGGGAACCUCCUUUGUUGGAUGGGGGGUCCAAAAUAAAAAAUUACAUUGUUGAGAAACGUGAAGCCACAAGAAAAUCAUAUGCUGCUGUUGUAACUAAUUGUCAUAAGAAUUCUUGGAAAAUUGAACAACUCCAAGAAGGCUGCAGUUACUACUUUAGAGUCACAGCAGAGAAUGAGUAUGGUAUUGGCCUUCCUGCCCACACUGCUGAUCCAAUUAAGGUUGCAGAAGUCCCACAACCUCCAGGAAAAAUAACUGUGGAUGAUGUCACCAGAAACAGUGUCUCUCUGAGUUGGACAAAGCCUGAACACGAUGGUGGCAGUAAAAUCAUUCAAUAUAUUGUGGAAAUGCAAGCUAAACGCAGUGAGAAAUGGUCAGAGUGUGCUCGAGUAAAGUCUCUUGAUGCAGUAAUUACCAAUCUAACUCAGGGAGAAGAAUAUCUUUUCAGAGUUGUUGCUGUAAAUGAAAAGGGGAGAAGUGACCCAAGGUCCCUCGCUGUUCCAAUAGUUGCCAAAGAUCUGGUCAUUGAACCAGAUGUGAGACCUGCAUUCAGCAGUUACAGUGUACAGGUUGGCCAAGAUUUGAAAAUUGAAGUACCAAUUUCUGGACGUCCUAAGCCAACCAUUACCUGGACUAAAGAUAGUCUUCCACUGAAGCAGACAACAAGAGUCAAUGUUACUGAUUCACUUGAUCUCACCACACUCAGUAUUAAAGAAACUCAUAAGGAUGAUGGUGGACAAUAUGGAAUCACAGUUGCCAAUGUUGUUGGUCAGAAAGCAGCAUCCAUCGAAAUUAUAACUCUAGAUAAGCCUGAUCCUCCGAAAGGACCUGUUAAAUUUGAUGAAGUCAGUGCUGAAAGUAUUACAAUAUCUUGGAAUCCUCCAUUAUAUACAGGAGGCUGCCAAAUCACCAACUACAUUGUUCAGAAGAGAGAUACAACCACCACAGUGUGGGAUGUUGUUUCUGCUACUGUUGCUAGAACUACACUCAAAGUAACCAAACUGAAAACUGGCACAGAAUACCAGUUCAGAAUUUUUGCUGAAAACAGAUAUGGACAAAGCUUUGCCUUAGAGUCUGAUCCAAUUGUAGCUCAAUAUCCCUACAAAGAGCCAGGCCCUCCAGGCACACCAUUUGCCACAGCCAUUUCCAAAGACUCCAUGGUUAUGCAGUGGCAUGAACCAAUCAAUAAUGGUGGAAGCCCAGUCAUAGGUUACCACCUUGAGAAAAAGGAAAGAAAUAGUAUUAUGUGGACAAAAGUCAACAAAACUAUUAUUCAUGAUACCCAGUUUAAAGCACAGAAUCUCGAAGAAGGCAUUGAAUAUGAAUUCAGAGUUUAUGCUGAAAAUAUUGUUGGUGUAGGCAAAGCAAGCAAGAAUUCUGAAUGCUAUGUAGCCAGAGAUCCCUGUGACCCACCAGGAACCCCAGAAGCAAUAAUAAUUAAAAGAAAUGAAAUCACUCUACAGUGGACCAAACCUGUGUAUGAUGGUGGAAGUAUGAUCACAGGCUACAUUGUGGAGAAACGUGAUUUGCCUGAUGGUCGAUGGAUGAAAGCUAGCUUCACAAAUGUCAUUGAAACUCAAUUCACUGUGUCAGGUCUUACUGAAGAUCAAAGAUAUGAAUUCAGAGUCAUUGCAAAGAACGCAGCUGGUACAAUAAGUAAACCCUCUGACAGUACCGGACCAAUAACUGCCAAGGAUGAGGUCGAACUCCCGAGAAUUUCAAUGGAUCCAAAAUACAGAGAUACAAUUGUGGUAAAUGCUGGAGAAACAUUCAGGCUUGAGGCUGAUGUCUAUGGGAAGCCCUUGCCUACCAUCGAGUGGUUAAGAGGAGAUAAAGAAGUUGAAGAAUCUGCUAGAUGUGAAAUAAAGAAUACAGAUUUCAAGGCUUUACUUAUAGUAAAGGAUGCCAUUAGAAUUGAUGGCGGACAGUAUAUUUUAAGAGCAUCCAAUGUUGCAGGUUCUAAGUCAUUCCCAGUAAAUGUGAAAGUAUUAGACAGACCAGGACCUCCAGAAGGGCCAGUCCAGGUUACUGGAGUCACUUCUGAAAAAUGCAAUUUAACAUGGUCCCCACCACUUCAAGAUGGUGGCAGUGACAUUUCUCACUAUGUUGUUGAAAAGCGAGAAACCAGUCGGCUUGCUUGGACUGUUGUUUCUUCAGAAGUUGUGACCAAUUCUCUGAAAGUUACCAAACUCUUAGAAGGGAAUGAAUAUAUUUUCCGUAUAAUGGCUGUCAACAAGUAUGGUGUUGGAGAGCCUUUGGAAUCUGCACCAGUCCUGAUGAAAAAUCCAUUUGUGCUUCCUGGACCACCAAAAAGCCUGGAAGUUACAAACAUUGCCAAAGACUCCAUGACUGUCUGCUGGAACCGCCCAGAUAGUGAUGGAGGAAGUGAGAUUAUUGGCUACAUUGUAGAGAAAAGAGACAGAAGUGGCAUUCGAUGGAUAAAAUGUAAUAAACGCCGCAUUACAGAUUUGCGACUACGAGUAACAGGAUUGACAGAAGAUCAUGAGUAUGAGUUCAGAGUUUCUGCAGAAAAUGCUGCUGGAAUUGGAGAACCAAGUCCAGCUACAGUUUAUUAUAAAGCUUGUGAUCCUGUGUUUAAGCCUGGCCCACCCACCAAUGUGCACACUGUAGAUACCACUAAAAACUCAAUUACACUUGCCUGGGGUAAACCCAUCUAUGAUGGUGGCAGCGAGAUCCUAGGAUAUGUAGUAGAGAUCUGUAAAGCAGAUGAAGAAGAAUGGCAGAUAGUUACUCCACAGACUGGUCUGAGAGUCACUCGAUUUGAAAUUUCAAAACUCAUUGAACACCAAGAAUAUAAAAUACGAGUGUGUGCCCUCAACAAAGUUGGUUUAGGAGAGGCUGCAUCAGUUCCUGGUACUGUGAAACCAGAAGAUAAACUUGAAGCUCCUGAACUUGACCUUGACUCUGAAUUAAGGAAAGGAAUUGUUGUAAGAGCUGGUGGAUCUGCCAGAAUUCAUAUUCCAUUCAAAGGUCGUCCAACACCUGAGAUCACUUGGUCUCGAGAGGAAGGUGAAUUCACAGAUAAGGUGCAAAUUGAAAAGGGAGUAAAUUAUACCCAACUAUCAAUAGAUAACUGUGACAGAAAUGAUGCUGGAAAAUACAUUCUCAAGCUGGAAAACAGCAGUGGAUCUAAGUCUGCUUUUGUAACUGUGAAAGUUCUUGACACCCCAGGACCACCACAGAAUUUGACAGUCAAAGAAGUGAGAAAGGAUUCUGUCCUUCUGGUAUGGGAACCACCCAUUAUCGAUGGGGGCGCAAAAGUCAAGAACUAUGUCAUUGACAAACGUGAGUCAACAAGAAAAGCAUAUGCUAAUGUGAGCAGUAAGUGCAGCAAAACAAGUUUUAAAGUUGAGAAUCUUACAGAAGGAGCCACUUACUACUUUAGAGUAAUGGCUGAAAAUGAAUUUGGAGUUGGUGUUCCAGUGGAGACUGUGGAUGCUGUGAAAGCUGCUGAACCUCCUUCACCACCAGGAAAAGUUACACUCACUGAUGUGUCCCAGACCAGUGCAUCACUUAUGUGGGAGAAACCUGAACAUGAUGGUGGUAGCAGAAUCCUGGGGUAUGUUGUUGAAAUGCAGCCCAAAGGAACUGAAAAAUGGAGUACUGUGGCUGAGUCGAAAGUCUGUAAUGCAGUUGUCACCAGUUUGAGUUCUGGACAAGAAUAUCAAUUCCGUGUCAAAGCUUACAACGAGAAAGGAAAAAGUGAUCCAAGGGCACUUGGUGUUCCUGUCAUAGCCAAGGACUUGACUAUACAGCCUAGUUUAAAGUUACCAUUUAACACAUACAGUGUCCAAGCAGGAGAAGAUCUUAAAAUAGAAAUUCCAGUUAUAGGCCGACCAAGACCUAAAAUUGACUGGGUCAAAGAUGGUGAGCCUCUUAAACAAACAACAAGAGCAAAUGUUGAAGAAACAGCUACCUCAACUAUUUUGCACAUAAAGGAAUGUAACAAAGAUGACUUCGGGAAGUACACCAUAACAGCCACAAAUAGUGCAGGCACAGCCACAGAAAACCUCAGCAUUAUCGUUUUAGAAAAGCCUGGGCCUCCGGUUGGACCAGUUCGGUUUGAUGAAGUUAGUGCAGACUUUGUGGUCAUAUCUUGGGAACCUCCAGCCUAUACUGGUGGUUGCCAAAUAAGCAACUACAUUGUAGAGAAACGAGAUACAACCACCACCACUUGGCACAUGGUAUCUGCCACAGUUGCAAGAACAACAAUUAAAAUAACAAAACUGAAAACAGGCACUGAGUACCAGUUUAGGAUUUUUGCUGAAAACAGAUAUGGCAAAAGUACCUCCCUGGAUUCUAAACCAGUUGUUGUACAAUAUCCAUUCAAAGAACCCGGACCACCUGGAACUCCUUUUGUGACAUCAAUCUCAAAAGAUCAAAUGCUCGUGCAAUGGCAUGAGCCAGUUAAUGAUGGAGGCAGCAAAGUUAUUGGCUACCACCUUGAACAGAAAGAAAAGAACAGCAUUUUAUGGGUCAAGGUAAAUAAGACUCCCAUUCAAGAUACCAAAUUCAAAACAACUGGGCUUGAUGAAGGCCUUGAGUAUGAGUUUAAAGUCUCUGCUGAAAAUGUUGUUGGCAUCGGCAAGCCUAGCAAAGUCUCAGAAUGCUUUGUUGCUCGUGAUCCAUGUGACCCACCUGGUCGCCCUGAAGCCAUUGUCAUUACAAGAAACAGUGUCACCCUGAAGUGGAAGAAACCUGCCUAUGAUGGUGGCAGCAAAAUAACAGGUUAUAUUGUAGAAAAGAAAGAUCUACCUGAUGGCCGCUGGAUGAAAGCCAGCUUUACCAAUGUAUUAGAUACUGAAUUUACAGUGAGCGGACUUGUAGAAAACCAAAGAUAUGAAUUUAGAGUAAUUGCAAGAAAUGCAGCUGGCAACUUUAGCGAACCAUCUGAGAGCAGUGGUGCCAUUACUGCAAGAGAUGAAAUUGAUGCACCAGAUGCCUCUUUGGAUCCAAAAUAUAAAGAUGUCAUCGUUGUUCAUGCAGGAGAGACUUUUGUUCUUGAAGCUGAUAUCCGCGGCAAACCCAUACCUGAUAUUGUUUGGUCAAAAGAUGGAAAAGAGCUUGAAGAAACAGCUGCUAGAAUGGAAAUUAAAUCUACUCUUCAGAAAACAUCUCUUGUUGUCAAAGACUGUAUACGGGCUGAUGGAGGACAAUAUGUUCUGAAACUCAGCAAUGUUGGUGGUACAAAGUCUAUACCAAUCACUGUAAAGGUCCUUGACAGGCCAGGGCCUCCUGAAGGGCCGCUGAAAGUUACCGGAGUUACCGAAGAAAAAUGUUACCUGGCAUGGAACCCACCUUUGCAAGAUGGUGGUGCCAGUAUUUCUCAUUACAUCAUUGAAAAGAGAGAGACAAGCCGACUUUCCUGGACCCAGGUUUCAACUGAGGUACCAGCCCUUAACUAUAAAGUAACUAAACUUCUUCCUGGUAAUGAGUACAUUUUCCGUGUCAUGGCUGUGAAUAAAUAUGGAAUUGGAGAGCCACUGGAAUCUGAGCCUGUUAUAGCCCGUAAUCCUUAUAAGCCACCAGGCCCACCUUCAACACCUGAAGUCUCAACAAUCACCAAAGACUCUAUGGUAGUAACAUGGGCUCGGCCAGUAGAUGAUGGAGGUGCUGAAAUUGAGGGCUACAUUCUCGAGAAACGAGAUAAAGAAGGCAUUAGAUGGACCAAGUGCAAUAAGAAGACACUAACAGAUCUCCGGUUCCGGGUAACUGGUCUUACUGAAGGCCAUUCCUAUGAAUUCAGAGUUUCUGCUGAAAACGCAGCUGGUGUGGGUGAACCCAGUGAGCCAUCUGUUUUCUACCGUGCAUGUGAUGCCUUAUAUCCACCAGGUCCACCAAGCAAUCCAAAAGUGACAGACACUUCCAGAUCUUCUGUAUCACUGGCAUGGAGUAAGCCAAUUUAUGAUGGUGGUGCACCUGUUAAAGGCUAUGUGGUUGAGGUCAAAGAAGCCUCUGCUGAUGAAUGGACAACUUGCACUCCACCAACCGGACUACAAGGAAAACAGUUUACAGUGACCAAACUUAAAGAAAAUACUGAAUAUAACUUCCGAAUUUGUGCCAUCAAUUCUGAAGGCGUAGGUGAACCUGCAACUAUCCCUGGCUCAGUUGCUGCUCAGGAGAGGGCAGAGCCACCAGAAAUAGAACUUGAUGCUGAUCUCAGAAAGGUUGUCAUUCUGCGUGCAAGCGCUACGUUACGCUUAUUCGUCACUAUCAAAGGUCGACCAGAACCUGAAGUGAAGUGGGAAAAGGCUGAUGGCAUUCUCACUGACAGGGCCCAGAUUGAGGUGACCAGCUCCUUUACAAUGUUGGUGAUUGACAACGUGACCAGAUUUGACAGUGGUCGGUACAAUCUGACAUUAGAAAAUAACAGUGGCUCCAAAACAGCUUUUGUUAAUGUCAGAGUUCUUGACUCACCAAGUGCUCCUGUGAAUCUGACUGUAAAAGAAGUAAAGAAGGACUCAGUGAUACUGUCCUGGGAACCACCACUUAUUGAUGGCGGAGCUAAGAUUACAAACUACAUUGUUGAAAAACGAGAAACGACAAGAAAAGCCUAUGCUACUAUUACAAACAAUUGCACUAAAAAUACUUUCAAAAUCGAAAAUCUACAAGAAGGAUGUUCUUACUACUUCCGAGUCUUAGCUUCCAAUGAAUAUGGGAUUGGUUUACCAGCUGAAACAACUGAACCCGUUAAAGCAGCUGAACCACCCCUCCCACCUGGAAGAGUAACUCUUGUUGAUGUGACCCGUAAUACAGCUACACUUAAGUGGGAGAAACCAGAAAGUGAUGGUGGAAGCAAAAUCACUGGUUAUGUAGUUGAAAUGCAGACUAAAGGGAGUGAAAAAUGGAGCACUUGUACACAAGUUAAGACUUUAGAAGCAACCGUAUCUGGCCUAACUGCAGGUGAAGAGUAUGCCUUCCGGGUAGCUGCAGUUAAUGAAAAAGGAAGAAGUGAUCCAAGACAACUGGGAGUGCCAGUAAUUGCAAGAGAUAUUGAAAUAAAGCCUUCAGUUGAGCUACCUUUCCAUACUUACAAUGUAAAGGCUAGAGACCAACUUAAGAUUGAUGUACCAUUCAAAGGAAGACCUCAAGCUACUGUGACCUGGAAAAAAGAUGGUCAGACACUUAAAGAGACAACUAGAGUCAACGUUUCUUCUUCAAAGACUGUAACAUCACUAUCUAUUAAGGAAGCUUCAAGGGAAGAUGUUGGAACUUAUGAAUUAUGUGUUUCAAAUAGUGCUGGAUCUGUAACAGUUCCUAUUACCGUAAUUGUCCUUGACAGACCAGGACCUCCAGGUCCCAUACAUAUCGAUGAGGUUAGUUGCGACAAUGUAACUAUUUCUUGGACUCCUCCAGAAUAUGAUGGUGGCUGCCAAAUUAGCAAUUACAUUGUUGAAAAGAAAGAAACCACUUCUACAACUUGGCAUGUAGUCUCCCAAGCAGUUGCAAGAACAUCUAUUAAAAUAGUUCGUCUGAUAACAGGAAGUGAGUAUCAGUUCCGUGUCUGUGCAGAAAACCGUUAUGGAAAGAGUACCUACAGUGAAUCUUCAGCUAUUGUUGUGGAGUACCCAUUCAGUCCCCCAGGUCCUCCUGGUACUCCAAAAGUUGUGCAUGCCACCAAAUCUACCAUGAUUGUAAGCUGGCAAGUUCCAGUUAAUGAUGGAGGAAGUCAAGUAAUCGGCUAUCACCUUGAGUAUAAAGAAAGAAGCAGCAUUCUUUGGUCAAAAGCAAAUAAAGUCCUCAUUGCUGAUACUCAAAUGAAAGUCUCUGGCCUUGAUGAGGGUCUGAUGUAUGAGUAUCGUGUAUAUGCUGAGAAUAUUGCUGGAAUUGGCAAAUGCAGUAAGUCUUGUGAACCAGUCCCUGCAAGAGAUCCUUGUGAUCCUCCUGGACAACCUGAAGUCACAAAUAUCACAAGAAAAUCAGUGUCACUUAAAUGGUCUAAACCACAUUAUGAUGGUGGAGCUAAGAUCACAGGAUACAUUGUUGAACGUAGAGAACUCCCAGAUGGCCGGUGGCUGAAGUGCAAUUAUACUAACGUACAAGAAACAUACUUUGAAGUAACUGAACUUACUGAAGAUCAGCGUUAUGAAUUCCGGGUUUUUGCAAGGAAUGCUGCUGACUCCAUUAGCGAACCAUCUGAAUCCACUGGACCUAUUACAGUCAAAGAUGAUGUUGAGGCUCCAAGAAUUAUGAUGGAUGUCAAGUUCCGAGAUGUAGUUGUUGUCAAAGCUGGAGAGAUCCUUAAGAUAAAUGCAGACAUUGCAGGGCGACCUCUGCCAGUAAUCUCCUGGGCCAAGGAUGGUGUAGAAAUUGAAGAAAGAGCAAGAACAGAAAUUGUCUCAACAGACUCUAAUACUUCAUUAACAGUUAAAGAUUGUGUAAGACGAGACACUGGGCAAUAUACACUAACACUGAAGAAUGUUGCAGGAACUCGAUCUGUGGCAGUUAAUUGCAAGAUACUUGAUAAGCCUGGCCCACCAGCAGGACCACUUGAAAUAAGUGGCCUCACUUCUGAGAAAUGCUCUCUUUCCUGGGGACGUCCCCAAGAAGAUGGCGGUGCAGAUAUCGACUAUUACAUUGUAGAAAAGCGUGAAACAAGCCGCCUUGCAUGGACAAUAUGUGAAGCAGAGUUGCGGACGACAUUCUGCAAAGUAACCAAGUUACUCAAAGGCAAUGAAUAUAUAUUUAGAGUCACUGGUGUUAAUAAAUAUGGUGUUGGUGAGUCCCUAGAGAGUGUGGCUGUAAAGGCACUAGAUCCAUUUACAGUUCCAAGUCCACCCACAUCUUUGGAGAUUACAUCUGUGACCAAAGAGUUCAUGACACUAUGUUGGGCAAGACCUGAGAGUGAUGGAGGCAGUGAAAUCUCUGGAUAUAUCAUUGAAAGGCGAGAGAAAAACAGCCUACUAUGGGUGCGUGUAAACAAAAAACCAGUUUAUGAUCUGAGAGUGAAAUCAACUGGACUUAGGGAAGGGUGUGAAUAUGAGUAUCGGGUUUAUGCAGAAAAUGCUGCUGGCCUAAGCCUUCCAAGUGAACCCUCUCCCUUAAUUCGGGCAGAAGAUCCAGUGUUCUUACCAUCUCCUCCAUCCAAACCCAAAAUUGUGGACUCAAGCAAGACAACUAUUACUAUUAGCUGGGUUAAGCCCUUGUUUGAUGGUGGGGCCCCAAUAACUGGAUACACUGUAGAAUAUAAAACUUCUGAUGAAACUGACUGGAAAACUGCCAUUCAGAACUUAAGAGGUACAGAAUAUACAGUAAGUGGACUCACAACAGGAGCUGAAUAUGUUUUUAGAGUGAGAUCUGUCAAUAAGGUCGGUGCUAGUGAUCCCAGUGAAAGCUCUGACCUUCAGGUAGCAAAAGAAAGAGAAGAAGAGCCUGUAUUUGAUAUUGACAGUGAAAUGAGGAAGACCUUGAUUGUCAAGGCAGGCACCUCAUUUACCAUGACUGUGCCUUUCCGAGGAAGACCAGUACCCAGUGUCUCGUGGAGUAAGCCAGACACUGACCUCCGCACUAGAGCUUAUAUUGAUUCCACGGACUCUCGUACAUCACUCACUAUUGAAAAUGCCAACAGAAGUGAUUCUGGAAAAUACACAUUAACAAUUCAGAACGUUUUGAGUGCUGCUACUCUGACCUUAGUUGUCAAAGUUUUAGAUUCCCCAGGUCCUCCAGCCAAUAUUACUGUACACGAUGUAACCAAAGAGUCUGCAGUAUUGUCUUGGGACGUCCCUGAAAAUGAUGGUGGAGCACCAGUGAAGAAUUACCACAUAGAAAAACGCGAGGCCAGCAAGAAAGCAUGGGUCUCCGUGACCAAUAACUGUAACCGCCUGUCCUACAAAGUUACCAACUUACAAGAAGGAGCUAUUUACUACUUCAGAGUGGCCGGAGAAAACGAGUUUGGUGUUGGCAUACCAGCUGAAAUGAAGGAAGGAGUGAAAAUAACAGAAAAACCAAGUCCACCUGAAAAACUUGGAGUAACAAGUACAUCAAAAGACAGCGUUUCUCUGACCUGGUUGAAGCCCGAGCAUGACAGUGGCAGCAGAAUUGUACACUAUAUUGUUGAAGCACUAGAAAAAGGACAGAAAAACUGGGUCAAAUGUGCAGUGGUGAAAUCAACCCAUCACGUCGUUUCUGGUCUGAAGGAGAAUUCGGAAUACUUUUUCCGGGUGUUUGCUGAGAAUCAAGCUGGCCUGAGUGACCCGAGAGAGCUUCUGCUUCCUGUUCUUGUUAAGGAGCACCUAGAACCACCUGAAAUUGAUAUGAAGAAUUUCCCAAGUCACACUGUCUAUGUUAGAGCUGGUUCAAACCUCAAAGUUGACAUUCCAAUUUCUGGAAAACCACUGCCCAAAGUGACCUUAUCAAGAGAUGGUGUACCCCUGAAGGCAACCAUGAGAUUUAAUACUGAAAUUACUGCAGAGAACCUGACCAUCAAUCUCAAAGAAAGUGUUGCUGGUGAUGCUGGAAGAUAUGAGAUCACUGCCUCCAACUCCAGCGGAACAACCAAAGCUUUCAUUAACAUCAUCGUGCUAGACAGGCCUGGCCCUCCGACCGGCCCUGUUGUUGUUAGUGACAUAACUGAAGAAAGUGUGAUUCUCAAAUGGGAGCCACCUAAAUAUGAUGGUGGAAGUCAAGUUACCAAUUACAUUGUACUCAAGAGAGAAACAAGUACAGCAACAUGGACUGAAGUAUCCGCAACCGUUGCAAGAACCACAAUGAAGGUCAUGAAACUGACCACAGGAGAAGAAUACCAAUUCCGCAUCAAGGCAGAAAACCGCUUUGGCAUCAGUGAUCACAUAGAUUCAGCUUGUGUUAUUGUCAAACUGCCAUACACAACACCUGGACCACCAUCUACACCAUGGGUCACAAAUGUCACUCGAGAAAGCAUCACUGUAAGCUGGAAUGAACCAGUGUCCAAUGGAGGCAGUGCAGUCAUAGGCUAUCAUCUGGAAAUGAAGGACAGAAAUAGUAUUUUAUGGCAAAAAGCCAAUAAAAUGGUCGUCCGCACAACUCACUUCAAAGUCACAACAAUCAGCGCUGGGCUUAUUUAUGAAUUCAGGGUAUAUGCAGAAAAUGCUGCUGGUGUUGGAAAACCCAGCCAUCCUUCUGAACCAGUCUUGGCCAUUGAUGCUUGUGAACCCCCAAGAAAUGUUCGUGUCACUGAUAUUUCAAAGAACUUUGUUAGCCUUUCAUGGCAACAGCCAGCUUUUGAUGGAGGAAGCAAAGUUACAGGCUAUAUCGUUGAGAGACGUGACCUUCCAGAUGGCAGAUGGACCAAGGCCAGCUUCACCAAUGUUAUUGAGACUCAAUUCACUGUCUCUGGCUUAACUCAGAAUUCCCAGUAUGAAUUCCGUGUCUUUGCUAGGAAUGCUGUUGGUUCCAUUAGCAAUCCAUCUGAGAUUGUAGGCCCUGUUACAUGCAUUGAUUCUUAUGGUGGUCCAGUAAUUGAUUUACCUCUAGAAUAUACAGAAGUUGUCAAAUACAGAGCAGGUACAUCUGUGAAGCUCAGAGCUGGCAUUUCUGGCAAACCUGAACCUACAAUUGAAUGGUAUAAAGAUGAUAAAGAAUUACAAACCAAUGCACUGCUGUGUGUUGAAAAUACCACUGACCUCGCAUCUAUACUCAUUAAAGAUGCCAAUCGCCUUAAUAGUGGAAGCUAUGAAUUAAAACUAAGGAAUGCCAUGGGUUCAGCCUCAGCCACCAUCAGAGUGCAGAUCCUUGACAAACCAGGACCUCCAGGUGGGCCCAUUGAAUUUAAGACUGUCACUGCUGAAAAGAUCACCCUUCUCUGGCGGCCUCCAGCUGAUGAUGGUGGUGCAAAAAUCACUCACUAUAUUGUAGAAAAGCGUGAGACAAGCCGUGUUGUGUGGUCUAUGGUAUCUGAAAACCUGGAAGAGUGCAUAAUUACAACCACCAAAAUUAUCAAAGGAAAUGAAUACAUCUUCCGGGUCCGAGCCGUAAACAAAUACGGAAUUGGAGAGCCACUAGAAUCUGAUUCAGUUGUAGCCAAGAAUGCAUUUGUUACACCUGGGCCACCAAGCAUACCAGAAGUGACAAAGAUUACCAAGAAUUCAAUGACUGUUGUCUGGAACAGGCCAGUUGUAGAUGGUGGUAGUGAAGUAAGCGGCUAUUACCUUGAAAAACGAGAUAAGAAGAGUCUGGGGUGGUUUAAAGUACUAAAAGAGACCAUCCGUGACACCAGACAGAAGGUGACAGGACUCAUAGAAAACAGUGACUAUCAAUACCGAGUUUGUGCUGUAAAUGCUGCUGGACAGGGUCCAUUCUCCGAACCAUCUGACUUCUACAAAGCUGCUGAUCCUAUUGAUCCUCCAGGGCCACCUGCUAAGAUAAGAAUUGCAGAUUCAACUAAAUCAUCCAUCACUCUUGGCUGGAGUAAACCUGUCUAUGAUGGGGGCAGUGCUGUUACUGGUUACGUUGUUGAGAUGAGACAAGGAGAAGAAGAGGAAUGGAUUGUUGUCUCCACCAAAGGAGAAGUCAGAACUACAGAAUAUGUGGUCUCUAACCUGAAACCUGCAGUCAAUUACUACUUCCGGGUGUCUGCUGUAAAUUGUGCUGGACAAGGAGAACCCAUAGAAAUGACUGAACCUGCACAAGCCAAAGAUAUACUUGAGGAACCAGAGAUCGACCUCGAUGUGGCUCUCCGAACCUCUGUGAUAGCAAAAGCUGGUGAAGAUGUGCAAGUCCUGAUUCCCUUUAAAGGCAGACCUCCACCUACUGUCAUAUGGAGAAAAGAUGAGAAGAAUCUUAGCAGUGAUGCCAGAUACAACAUUCAAAACACAGAUUCAUCUUCAUUACUCACUAUUCCUCAAGUCACUCGCAAUGACACAGGAAAAUAUAUUCUCACAAUAGAAAAUGGAGUUGGCCAACCAAAGUCUUCAACAGUGAGCGUGAAAGUACUUGAUACACCAGCUGCCUGCCAGAAUCUACAGGUUAAACACGUUUCUCGAGGCACCGUCACUCUGCUCUGGGAUCCUCCUCUCAUCGAUGGAGGCUCUCCCAUAAUUAAUUAUGUUGUUGAAAAGAGAGAUGCCACAAAGAGAACAUGGUCUGUUGUGUCCCACAAAUGUUCUAGCACAUCCUUUAAGGUAACAGACUUGUCAGAGAAAACUCCAUUCUUCUUCAGAGUUCUUGCCGAGAAUGAAAUCGGAAUUGGCGAACCCUGUGAAACAACAGAGCCAGUGAAGGCUGCUGAAGUUCCAGCUCCUAUACGUGAUCUCUCAAUGAAAGAUUCAACAAAGACAUCUGUUACCCUCAGCUGGACCAAACCUGACUUUGACGGUGGUAGCAUCAUCACAGACUACGUUGUGGAAAGGAAAGGUAAAGGCGAACAAACAUGGUCGCAUGCUGGCACAAGCAAGGCAUGUGAGAUUGAGGUUGGCCAACUGAAGGAACAGUCAGUCCUGGAAUUCAGAGUGUUUGCCAAAAAUGAAAAAGGACUGAGUGAUGCUGUCACUAUUGGGCCAAUUACGGUGAAAGAACUUGUCAUUACACCUGAAGUCGACCUGUCAGAAAUCCCCGGGGCACAAAUAAGCGUGAGAAUCGGGCACAAUGUGCACCUUGAGUUACCUUAUAAAGGAAAACCCAAACCAUCAAUCAGCUGGCUGAAAGAUAACUUGCCACUGAAAGAAAGUGAGAAUGUCCGUUUCAGCAAAACUGAAAACAAAAUCACUUUGAGCAUUAAGAAUGUCAAGAAAGAGCAUGGAGGGAAAUACACCAUAAUUCUCGACAACGCAGUGUGCAGAAACUCAUUCCCCAUUACGAUCAUCACCCUCGGGCCACCAUCAAAACCCAAAGGACCUAUUCGAUUUGAGGAAAUCAAGGCUGACAGUGUCAUCAUGUCAUGGGAUGUGCCUGAAGACGAUGGAGGAGGAGAAAUUACCUGUUACAGCAUUGAGAAGCGGGAAGCUUCACAGACUAAUUGGAAGAUGGUCUGUUCAAGUGUCGCCAGGACAACUUUCAAAGUUCUUAAUCUAGUCAAAGAUGCUGAGUACCAGUUUAGAGUUAGAGCCGAAAACAGAUAUGGAGUGAGCGAGCCACUUGUCUCAAGCAUUAUUGUGGCAAAACACCAGUUCAGGAUUCCCGGUCCCCCAGGAAAGCCGGUUAUAUACAAUGUGACUUCUGAUGGCAUGUCACUAACUUGGGAUGCUCCAGUUUAUGAUGGUGGUUCAGAAGUUACUGGAUUCCAUGUUGAAAAGAAAGAAAGAAAUAGCAUCCUCUGGCAAAGAGUUAAUACAUCCCCAAUCUCUGGAAGAGAAUAUAGAGCUACCGGACUAAUGGAAGGUCUGGAUUACCAAUUCCGUGUGUAUGCUGAAAAUUCUGCUGGCCUGAGUGCACCUAGCGACCCAAGCAAAUUUACCUUAGCUGUUUCCCCAGUAGACCCACCUGGCACUCCUGACUACAUCGAUGUCACCCGGGAAACCAUCACGCUUAAAUGGAACCCACCAUUGCGUGAUGGAGGCAGUAAGAUCGUGGCCUACAGCAUUGAGAGACGGCAAGGGAGCGAUCGCUGGGUCAGGUGCAACUUCACUGAUGUCAGCGAAUGUCAGUACACGGUUACAGGACUCAGCCCCGGAGACAGAUAUGAAUUCAGAAUAAUUGCAAGAAAUGCUGUCGGAACUAUAAGCCCACCCUCACAGUCUUCUGGCAUUAUUAUGACAAGAGAUGAAAAUGUUCCACCAACAGUAGAGUUUGGCCCUGAGUACUUCGAUGGUGUCACUGUUAAGGCUGGAGAAAGCCUUCGAAUUAAAGCUUUCGUACAAGGACGACCAGUACCUCGAGUAACUUGGCUCAAAGAUGGAGUAGAGAUUGAAAAGAGAAUGAAUAUGGAAAUAACCGAUGUCCUUGGAUCCACCAGCCUCUUUGUUAGAGAUGCUACUCGGGACCAUCGUGGUGUAUAUACAGUGGAAGCCAAAAAUGUAUCCGGUUCCACAAAAGCGGAAAUUACAGUGAAAGUCCAAGAUACACCCGGAAAAGUAGUUGGGCCAAUAAGAUUCACCAAUAUUACUGGUGAGAAGAUGACUCUGUGGUGGAAUACUCCACUCAACGAUGGCUGUGCUCCUAUCACCCACUACAUCAUCGAAAAACGGGAAACUAGCAGACUCGCUUGGGCAUUAAUUGAGGAUAAAUGCGAAGCCCUCAGUUACACCGCGAUGAAACUAAUAAAUGGCAAUGAAUAUCAAUUCCGUGUUUCUGCAGUUAACAAGUUUGGUGUUGGCCGGCCACUUGAGUCUGACCCAGUGAUUGCUCAAAUACAGUACACUGUUCCUGAUGCCCCUGGCACUCCAGAACCUACUAAUGUAACAAGCAAUAGCAUCACCCUGACUUGGGCAAGGCCAGAAUCAGAUGGUGGCAAUGAAAUUCAACAUUAUAUCCUUGAAAGAAGAGAAAAGAAAAGCACACGAUGGGUAAAAGUAAUCAGCAAACGACCCAUCUCUGAGACAAGAUUCAAAGUCACUGGUCUGACAGAAGGCAACAAGUAUGAAUUCCACGUCAUGGCUGAAAAUGCUGCCGGAGUGGGACCUGCAAGUGGUAUCUCAAGACUAAUUAAAUGCAGAGAGCCUGUCAGCCCACCAGGUGCUCCCGCAGUGGUCAAAGUGACAGAUACAUCAAAGACAACUGUCAGCUUAGAAUGGUCCAAGCCAGUGUUUGAUGGUGGCAUGGAAAUAAUUGGGUAUAUUAUUGAAAUGUGCAAAGCUGACUUAGGAGACUGGCACAAGGUGAAUGCAGAGGCAUGUGUGAAAACAAGAUAUACAGUCACUGACCUACAAGCAGGUGAAGAAUACAAAUUCCGAGUUAGCGCCAUCAACGGUGCUGGUAAAGGAGACAGCUGUGAAGUGACCGGCACAAUUAAAGCAGUUGACCGAUUAACAGCUCCUGAGUUAGACAUAGAUGCAAACUUCAAGCAGACUCACAUUGUUAGAGCUGGAGCCAGUAUCCGCCUCUUCAUUGCCUACCAAGGUAGACCUACUCCAACAGCUGUGUGGAGCAAACCAGACUCUAACCUUAGUGUUCGGGCUGAUAUCCAUACGACGGACUCCUUCAGCACCCUCACCGUGGAAAACUGCAACAGGAAUGAUGCAGGGAAAUAUACCCUAACUGUGGAAAACAACAGUGGUAGUAAGUCAAUCACCUUCACCGUGAAGGUGCUUGACUCCCCAGGACCACCUGGCCCAAUCACCUUCAAGGAUGUGACGCGGGGAUCCCUUACAUUGAUGUGGGAUGCCCCUCUCCUUGAUGGUGGUGCCCGAAUCCAUCACUAUGUGGUAGAGAAACGUGAAGCAAGCCGCCGUAGCUGGCAGGUUGUCAGUGAAAAAUGUACUCGUCAGAUCCUCAAAGUCAGUGACCUAGCCGAAGGUGUCCCAUACUAUUUCCGUGUUUCUGCAGAAAAUGAGUAUGGUAUUGGUGAACCCUAUGAAAUGCCAGAACCAGUCGUAGCCACAGAACAGCCUGCUCCACCUAGAAGACUUGAUAUCAUUGACACUAGCAAAUCCUCUGCAGUCUUAGCUUGGCUUAAACCUGACCACGAUGGAGGCAGCCGGGUCACUGGCUACCUGAUUGAAAUGAGACAAAAGGGAUCUGACUUCUGGGUUGAAGCUGGUCACACCAAACAGAUGACUUUCACAGUGGAGCGCCUUGUUGAGAACACUGAGUAUGAAUUCCGUGUAAAGGCCAAGAAUGAUGCUGGCUACAGUGAACCCAGGGAAGCCUUCUCUUCUGUCAUCAUUAAGGAGCCCCAAAUUGAGCCCACUGCUGACCUCACUGGAAUUACCAAUCAGCUCAUAACUUGCAAAGCAGGAAGCACAUUUACUAUCGACGUACCUAUCAGUGGUCGCCCUGCCCCCAAAGUUACAUGGAAACUGGAAGAAAUGAGACUUAAGGAGACAGAUCGAGUGAGCAUCACAACGACAAAAGACAGAACCACCCUGUCUGUAAAGGACAGUAUGAGAGGUGAUUCUGGCAGAUACUUCUUGACCCUGGAAAAUACAGCUGGUGUUAAAACAUUUACCGUCACGGUUGUGGUCAUCGGAAGGCCAGGUCCAGUAACUGGCCCCAUCGAGGUCUCAUCUGUCUCAGCUGAAUCCUGUGUCCUAUCAUGGGCUGAACCAAAAGAUGAUGGUGGCACCGAAAUUACUAAUUAUAUAGUUGAAAAGCGUGAAUCGGGAACAACAGCUUGGCAGCUUGUUAAUUCCAGUGUCAAACGCACUCAGAUUAAAGUCACUCAUCUCACAAAAUACAUGGAAUAUUCUUUCCGUGUCAGCUCUGAGAACAGAUUUGGAGUCAGUAAGCCUCUAGAAUCAGCACCAAUAAUUGCCGAACAUCCAUUUGUCCCACCAAGUGCUCCUACCAGACCUGAGGUAUACCACGUGUCUGCCAAUGCCAUGUCUAUUCGCUGGGAAGAACCCUACCAUGAUGGUGGCAGUAAAAUCAUUGGCUACUGGGUUGAGAAGAAAGAACGUAACACCAUUCUUUGGGUGAAAGAAAACAAAGUGCCAUGCUUAGAGUGCAACUACAAAGUGAUCGGUUUGGUAGAAGGGCUGGAAUAUCAGUUUAGAACUUAUGCACUCAAUGCUGCAGGUGUUAGCAAGGCCAGUGAAGCUUCAAGACCUGUCAUGGCUCAAAAUCCAGUUGAUCCACCAGGCAGACCAGAGGUAACAGAUGUCACAAGAUCCACAGUAUCCCUAGUUUGGUCUGCCCCAGUAUAUGAUGGAGGCAGCAAGGUUGUGGGCUACAUCAUAGAGCGUAAGCCAGUCAGUGAGAUAGGAGAUGGUCGCUGGCUGAAGUGCAACUAUACCAUUGUAUCUGACAAUUUCUUCACCGUGACUGCUCUCAGUGAAGGAGACACUUAUGAGUUCCGUGUGCUAGCCAAGAAUGCAGCAGGUGUAAUCAGCAAAGGGUCUGAAUCUACAGGCCCUGUCACUUGCCGAGAUGAAUAUGCUCCACCCAGAGCUGAACUGGAUGCCAGAUUACAGGGCGAUCUUGUUACUAUCAGAGCAGGUUCUGAUCUGGUUCUGGAUGCUGCAGUUGGUGGCAAACCUGAACCCAAAAUUAUCUGGACCAAAGGAGACAAGGAACUAGAUCUCUGUGAAAAAGUCUCUUUGCAGUAUACUGGCAAACGAGCAACUGCUGUGAUCAAGUUCUGUGACAGAACUGACAGCGGGAAAUACACUUUAACAGUGAAGAAUGCCAGUGGGACGAAGGCUGUGUCUGUCAUGGUCAAAGUGCUUGAUUCCCCUGGCCCAUGUGGAAAGCUCACUGUCAGCAGAGUCACAGAAGAGAAGUGCACGCUAGCCUGGAGUCUUCCUCAGGAAGAUGGAGGAGCAGAAAUAACUCACUACAUCGUGGAAAGACGUGAGACUAGCAGGCUCAACUGGGUGAUUGUUGAAGGCGAAUGCCCAACCCUAUCCUACGUAGUUACCAGACUCAUCAAGAACAAUGAAUACAUAUUCCGAGUGAGGGCAGUAAACAAAUAUGGCCCUGGUGUGCCUGUUGAAUCACAGCCAAUUGUAGCCAGAAAUUCAUUCACUAUUCCAUCACAACCUGGAAUACCUGAGGAAGUUGGCGCUAGCAAAGAGCAUAUCAUCAUUCAGUGGACAAAACCAGAAUCUGAUGGUGGCAAUGAAAUCAGCAACUACCUAGUAGACAAACGUGAGAAGAAGAGCCUUCGCUGGACACGUGUCAACAAGGACUACGUGGUGUAUGACACCAGGCUGAAGGUGACCAGCCUGAUGGAAGGGUGUGAUUACCAGUUCCGGGUGACUGCAGUGAACGCUGCUGGUAACAGUGAUCCCAGCGAAGCUUCCAACUUCAUCUCUUGCAGAGAACCAUCAUACACCCCUGGACCACCUUCUGUCCCAAGAGUUGUGGAUACCACUAAGCACAGCAUUAGUUUGGCAUGGACCAAACCCACGUACGAUGGUGGCAGUGACAUCAUAGGAUAUGUUCUUGAAAUGCAAGAGGAGAACACCGAUCAGUGGUACCGAGUGCACACCAAUGCCACUCUACGAAAUAAUGAAUUCACUGUAGCAGAACUGAAAAUGGGCCAGAAAUAUUCCUUCAGAGUUGCUGCCGUGAAUGUGAAGGGCAAGAGUGAAUACAGUGAAUCAACUGCCAGAAUCGAACCCGUGGAAAGAAUUGAAAUUCCAGAUCUUGAACUUGCAGAUGAUCUGAGGAAGACUGUGACCAUCAGGGCUGGGGCCUCCUUGCGCCUGAUGGUGUCUGUAUCUGGAAGACCACCUCCCGUCAUCACGUGGAGCAAGAAGGGUAUUAACCUUGCAAACCGGGCAAUUAUUGACAACACUGAGAGCUACUCAUUACUUAUCGUGGACAAAGUUAAUCGGUAUGAUGCUGGAAAAUACACAAUUGAAGCCGAAAAUCAAUCUGGCAAAAAGUCAGCAACAGUGCUUGUUAAAGUAUAUGAUACUCCUGGUCCCUGUCCUUCAGUGAAAGUUAAGGAAGUAUCAAGAGAUUCUGUGACUAUAACUUGGGAAAUCCCCACAAUUGAUGGUGGAGCACCAGUCAACAAUUAUAUCGUUGAGAAGCGUGAAGCUGCUAUGAGAGCAUUCAAAACAGUAACUACCAAAUGCACCAAGACGCUUUACCGAAUCUCUGGACUUGUAGAAGGAACCAUGUACUAUUUCAGAGUGCUGCCAGAAAAUAUUUAUGGCAUUGGAGAACCUUGUGAAACAUCUGAUGCAGUUCUGGUCUCAGAAGUACCUCUGGUGCCUACAAAGCUAGAAGUGGUCGAUGUCACCAAAUCCACUGUUUCCCUCGCCUGGGAAAAACCACUGUACGAUGGUGGCAGCCGACUCACUGGCUAUGUCCUUGAAGCCUGCAGAGCUGGCACAGAGAGAUGGAUGAAGGUUGCCACCUUGAAACCCACAGUGUUGGAGCACACUGUCAUUUCCUUAAAUGAAGGUGAACAGUACUUAUUUAGAGUGAGAGCCCAAAAUGAGAAAGGUGUAUCAGAACCAAGAGAGAUCGUCACUGCUGUGACUGUACAAGACCUCAGAGUGUUGCCAACAAUUGAUCUUUCUACAAUGCCUCAUAAGACCAUCCACGUCCCAGCUGGCAGGCCAAUAGAGCUGGUGAUACCCAUCGCCGGCCGCCCACCUCCUGCUGCUUCCUGGUUCUUUUCUGGUUCUAAACUGAAGGAAUCAGAGCGAGUCACAGUUGAAACCCAUGCUAAAGUAGCUAAAUUAACCAUCCGUGAAACCACUAUCAGAGACACUGGAGAAUAUACACUUGAAUUGAAGAAUGUCACUGGAACUACCUCUGAGAACAUUAAAGUUAUCAUUCUUGACAAGCCUGGUCCACCAACAGGACCUAUCAAGAUUGAUGAAAUUGAUGCUACGUCAGUUACCAUUUCCUGGGAAGCACCUGAGUUGGACGGUGGUGCUCCAUUGAGUGGCUAUGUGGUGGAGCAACGUGAUGCCCACCGUCCAGGAUGGCUGCCGGUUUCUGAAUCAGUGACUAGAUCAACAUUUAAGUUUACCAGACUCACUGAAGGAAAUGAGUAUGUGUUCCGUGUGGCUGCAACAAACCGCUUCGGCAUUGGCUCUUACUUGCAGUCUGAGGUCAUAGAAUGUCGCAGCAGCAUCAAUAUUCCUGGACCCCCAGAAACACUGCAGAUAUUUGAUGUCUCCCGUGAUGGCAUGACGCUUACUUGGUAUCCACCAGAGGAUGACGGUGGCUCCCAAGUGACUGGAUAUAUUGUGGAACGCAAAGAAGUGAGAGCAGAUCGGUGGGUCCGUGUAAAUAAAGUACCUGUGACAAUGACACGGUACCGCUCCACGGGCCUUAUUGAAGGCUUAGAAUAUGAACACCGUGUCACAGCCAUUAAUGCAAGAGGGACUGGAAAACCAAGUCGUCCUUCCAAACCCAUUGUUGCUAUGGAUCCAAUUGCUCCUCCAGGAAAGCCACAAAACCCAAGAGUUACUGACACAACAAGGACCUCAGUCUCCCUGGCCUGGAGUGUUCCAGAAGAUGAAGGAGGAUCUAAAGUCACAGGCUACUUGAUUGAGAUGCAAAAAGUCGAUCAAGUUGAAUGGACCAAAUGUAACACUACCCCAACCAAGAUUAGAGAGUAUACUCUCACACACUUACCUCAGGGUGCUGAAUACAGAUUCCGUGUCCUAGCUUGUAAUGCUGGUGGCCCUGGAGAGCCUGCUGAGGUGCCAGGAACAGUCAAAGUCACCGAAAUGCUUGAAUAUCCUGAUUAUGAACUUGAUGAACGAUACCAGGAAGGUAUCCUUGUGAGACAAGGUGGAGUCAUCAGACUUACCAUACCAAUCAAAGGAAAACCAUUCCCAAUAUGUAAAUGGACCAAGGAAGGCCAAGAUAUUAGUAAGCGUGCCAUGAUUGCAACAUCUGAAACACACACUGAACUGGUGAUCAAAGAAGCUGACAGGAAUGAUUCUGGCACCUACGACCUGGUUCUGGAAAACAAAUGUGGCAAGAAGGCUGUUUAUAUCAAAGUCAAGGUGAUAGGAAGUCCCAACACUCCAGAAGGGCCACUUGAAUAUGAUGACAUACAAGCCCGUUCUGUGAGGGUCUGCUGGAGACCUCCCUCUGAUGAUGGUGGUGCCGACAUCUUGGGCUACAUUCUCGAGAGACGAGAAGUGCCAAAAGCCGCCUGGUAUACCAUUGAUUCCAGAGUCCGAGGUACAUCUCUGGUAGUGAAAGGUCUCAAAGAAAACGUGGAAUACCAUUUCCGUGUUUCAGCAGAAAACCAGUUUGGCAUAAGCAAACCCUUGAAAUCUGAGGAGCCAGUCAUACCCAAAACACCACUGAAUCCUCCAGAACCUCCAAGCAAUCCUCCAGAAGUACUUGAUGUGACCAAGAGUUCUGUUAGCCUGUCCUGGUCCCGCCCCAAGGAUGAUGGUGGUUCUCGAGUCACAGGCUACUAUAUUGAACGCAAGGAGACAUCCACCGACAAGUGGGUGAGACACAACAAGACUCAGAUCACCACCACGAUGUAUACUGUCACCGGCCUUGUUCCCGAUGCAGAGUAUCAGUUCCGCAUCAUCGCACAAAAUGAUGUUGGCCUAAGUGAAACCAGUCCUGCUUCUGAACCAGUUGUUUGCAAAGAUCCAUUUGAUAAACCAAGCCAACCAGGAGAACUUGAGAUUCUCUCCAUAUCCAAAGACAGUGUCACUCUACAGUGGGAGAAACCUGAAUGUGAUGGUGGCAAAGAAAUCCUUGGAUACUGGGUUGAAUAUAGACAGUCUGGAGACAGUACCUGGAAGAAGAGCAACAAGGAUCGUAUCAAGGACAAACAAUUCACAGUAGGGGGUUUGCUGGAAGCUACUGAAUAUGAAUUCAGAGUUUUUGCUGAGAAUGAAACUGGGCUUAGCAGACCUCGUAGAACUGCUAUGUCUGUAAAGACAAAACUAACAUCUGGAGAGGCCCCAGGAGUACGCAAAGAAAUGAAAGAUGUUACCACCAAAUUGGGUGAACCUGCUCAACUCUCAUGCCAGAUUGUUGGAAGGCCUCUUCCUGAUAUUAAAUGGUACAGAUUCGGUAAGGAGCUCAUUCAAAGCCGGAAAUACAAAAUGUCUUCAGAUGGACGAACACACACUCUCACAGUCAUGACCGAGGAACAGGAAGAUGAAGGUGUUUAUACUUGCAUAGCUACCAACGAGGUUGGAGAAGUAGAAACCAGUAGUAAGCUUCUCCUGCAAGCAACACCGCAGUUCCAUCCCGGUUACCCACUGAAAGAGAAAUAUUAUGGAGCUGUGGGUUCCACACUUCGACUUCAUGUUAUGUACAUUGGUCGUCCAGUGCCCGCCAUCACUUGGUUCCAUGGCCAGAAACUUUUGCAAAACUCAGAAAACAUCACUAUUGAAAACACUGAGCACUAUACUCAUCUUGUCAUGAAGAAUGUCCAGCGUAAGACACAUGUUGGGAAAUACAAAGUUCAGCUCAGCAAUGUUUUUGGAACAGUUGAUGCCAUCCUUGAUGUGGAAAUACAAGAUAAACCAGACAAACCUACAGGACCACUUGUGAUUGAAGCUCUAUUGAAGAACUCUGUGGUGAUCAGCUGGAAACCACCUGCAGAUGACGGGGGCUCCUGGAUCACCAAUUAUGUGGUGGAGAAAUGUGAGGCCAAGGAAGGGGCUGAAUGGCAAUUGGUGUCUUCAGCCAUCUCGGUGACAACCUGUAGAAUUGUGAACCUCACAGAAAAUGCUGGCUAUUAUUUCCGGGUUUCUGCACAGAACACGUUUGGCAUCAGUGAGCCUCUAGAGGUCCCCUCAGUGGUGAUCAUUAAGAGUCCAUUUCAAAAGCCAAGUGCUCCUGGAAAACCAACUGUUACCGCUCUCACAAAAGAUUCUUGUGCUGUGGCUUGGAAGCCACCUGCCAGCGAUGGAGGUGCAAAGAUUAGAACUUACUACCUUGAGAAGCGUGAGAAGAAACAGAAUAAAUGGAUUGCUGUGACAACAGAAGAAAUUCGAGAAACUGUCUUUUCUGUGAAAAACCUUAUUGAAGGUCUCGAAUAUGAGUUCCGUGUGAAAUGUGAAAAUCUGGGUGGGGAGAGUGAAUGGAGUGAAAUAUCAGAACCUGUCACCCCCAGAUCUGACGUUCCAAUUCAGGCACCACACUUUAAGGAGGAGCUGAGGAAUCUAAACGUCAGGUACCAGAGCAAUGCUACUUUGGUCUGCAAAGUGACUGGACAUCCGAAACCCAUUGUGAAAUGGUACAGACAAGGCAAAGAAAUCAUUGCAGAUGGAUUAAAGUACAGGAUUCAAGAAUUUAAGGGUGGCAUCCACCAGCUUAUCAUUGCGAGUGUCACAGAUGAUGAUGCCACAGUUUACCAAGUCCGAGCUACCAACCAAGGGGGAUCCGUGUCUGGCACUGCUUCCCUGGAAGUGGAAGUUCCAGCUAAGAUACACUUGCCUAAAAAUCUUGAAGGCAUGGGAGCAGUUCACGCUCUCCGAGGCGAAGUGGUGAGCAUCAAGAUCCCCUUCAGUGGCAAACCAGAUCCUGUGAUCACCUGGCAGAAAGGACAAGAUCUCAUUGACAAUAACGGCCACUACCAAGUUAUUGUCACAAGAUCCUUCACGUCACUCGUUUUCCCCAAUGGGGUGGAGAGAAAGGAUGCUGGUUUCUAUGUGGUCUGUGCUAAAAACAGAUUUGGAAUUGACCAAAAGACAGUUGAACUGGAUGUAGCUGACGUUCCUGACCCACCCAGAGGAGUCAAAGUUAGUGAUGUCUCAAGAGAUUCUGUCAACUUAACAUGGACUGAGCCAGCUUCUGACGGUGGCAGCAAAAUCACCAACUACAUUGUUGAAAAAUGUGCAACUACUGCAGAAAGAUGGAUCCGUGUAGGACAGGCUCGAGAAACACGUUAUACCGUGAUCAACUUAUUUGGAAAAACAAGUUACCAGUUUCGGAUAAUAGCUGAAAAUAAAUUUGGCCUGAGCAAGCCUUCUGAGCCUUCAGAACCAACCAUAACCAAAGAAGAUAAGACCAGAGCUAUGAACUAUGAUGAAGAAGUAGAUGAAACCAGGGAAGUUUCCAUGACUAAAGCAUCUCACUCUUCAACCAAAGAACUCUAUGAGAAAUAUAUGAUUGCUGAAGAUCUUGGGCGUGGUGAGUUUGGAAUUGUCCACCGUUGUGUUGAAACAUCCUCCAAGAAGACAUACAUGGCCAAAUUUGUUAAAGUCAAAGGGACUGAUCAAGUUUUGGUAAAGAAGGAAAUUUCUAUCCUAAACAUUUCUAGGCAUAGAAACAUCUUAUAUCUCCAUGAAUCAUUUGAAAGCAUGGAAGAAUUAGUUAUGAUCUUUGAGUUUCUAUCAGGACUUGACAUAUUUGAGCGCAUUAACACAAGUGCUUUUGAACUUAAUGAAAGAGAAAUUGUGAGUUACGUCCGCCAGGUCUGUGAAGCCCUUGAAUUCUUACAUAGUCAUAAUAUCGGACACUUUGACAUUAGACCAGAUAAUAUCAUUUACCAAACAAGAAGGAGCUCUACCAUUAAAAUCAUUGAAUUUGGUCAAGCCCGUCAGCUGAAGCCAGGGGACAACUUUAGACUUGUGUUCACUGCCCCAGAGUACUAUGCACCGGAAGUCCACCAGCAUGACGUUGUCAGCACAGCCACAGAUAUGUGGUCACUCGGAACACUGGUAUAUGUGCUAUUGAGUGGUAUCAAUCCAUUCCUGGCUGAAACUAACCAACAGAUGAUUGAGAAUAUCAUGAAUGCCGAAUAUACUUUUGAUGAAGAAGCUUUCAAAGAAAUUAGCCUCGAAGCCAUGGAUUUUGUUGACCGCCUGUUAGUGAAAGACAGGAAAUCUCGCAUGACUGCAUCAGAGGCACUCCAACACCCCUGGCUGAAGCAGAAGAUAGAAAGAGUCAGCACUAAAGUUAUCAGAACAUUAAAACACCGUCGUUACUACCACACCCUGAUCAAGAAAGACCUCAACAUGGUUGUAUCAGCAGCCCGGAUCUCCUGUGGUGGUGCAAUUCGAUCUCAGAAGGGAGUGAGUGUUGCUAAAGUUAAAGUAGCAUCCAUUGAAAUUGGCCCAGUUUCUGGGCAGAUAAUGCAUGCAGUUGGUGAAGAAGGAGGAUAUGUCAAAUAUGUCUGCAAAAUUGAGAAUUACGAUCAGUCUACCCAAGUGACCUGGUACUUUGGUGUCAGACAGCUGGAGAACAGUGAGAAAUAUGAAAUCACCUACGAAGAUGGAGUGGCCACCCUCUAUGUCAAAGACAUUACCAAAUUUGAUGACGGUACCUACAGAUGCAAAGUAGUCAACGACUACGGUGAAGACAGUUCUUACGCAGAGCUGUUUGUUAAAAGUGUAAGAGAAGUUUAUGACUAUUACUGCCGCAGAACCAUGAGGAAAAUUAAACGCAGAACAGAUACAAUGAGACUCUUAGAAAGGCCGCCAGAAUUUACCCUGCCCCUCUAUAAUAAAACUGCUUAUGUGGGUGAAAAUGUCCGAUUUGGAGUAACCAUAACGGUCCACCCAGAGCCUCGUGUAACAUGGUAUAAAUCAGGUCAGAAAAUCAAGCCAACUGAUGAUGAUAAGAAAUACACAUUUGAGACAGACAAGGGUUUGUACCAAUUAACGAUCAACAGUGUGACUACAGACGAUGAUGCUGAAUACACUGUUGUGGCAAGAAACAAGUACGGGGAAGACAGCUGUAAAGCGAAGCUGACUGUCACGCUACACCCACCGCCCACAGACACCACCUUAAGACCCAUGUUCAAACGGUUACUGGCAAAUGCAGAAUGCCAAGAAGGCCAAAGUGUCUGCUUUGAGAUCAGAGUGUCUGGAAUUCCCCCGCCAACAUUAAAAUGGGAGAAAGAUGGCAAGCCACUGUCCCUUGGGACCAACGUUGAAAUUAUCCACGAAGGGCUGGAUUAUUAUGCUUUGCACAUCAGGGAUACACUGCCUGAAGACACAGGUUAUUACAGAGUCACAGCCACCAACACCGCUGGGUCCACCAGCUGCCAGGCGCACCUACAGGUAGAACGCUUGAGGUACAAGAAACAGGAAUUCAAGAGUAAGGAGGAACGCGAACGACACGUACAAAAACAAAUCGACAAAACCCUAAGAAUGGCUGAAAUUCUUUCAGGAACUGAAAGUGUCCCACUGACACAAGUGGCCCAAGAGGCUCUGAGAGAAGCUGCCAUCCUCUACAAACCGGCUGUCAGCACCAAGACCGUGAAGGGAGAGUAUCGACUUGAGACAGAAGAAAAGAAGGAGGAGAGAAAACUCCGUAUGCCUUACGAAGUCCCAGAGCCACGCAAGUACAAACAGACUACCAUCCAAGAAGACCAACGCAUUAAGCAGUUUGUGCCUAUGUCUGACAUGAAAUGGUAUAAAAAAAUACGUGAUCAGUUCGAGAUGCCUGGGAAACUUGACAGAAUUGUACAGAAGAGGCCCAAGCGGAUCCGCCUUUCAAGAUGGGAACAGUUCUAUGUGACGCCUCUGCCGCGCAUCACGGAUCAGUACAGACCCCGAUGGCGUCUUCCCAAACUGACCCAAGAUGAUCUUGAAAUGGUGAGACCAGCCCGCCGGCGUACACCUUCUCCUGAUUAUGAUUUUUACUACAGACCCAGAAGACGGUCUCUCGGUGACAUCUCCGAUGAGGAAUUACUCCUCCCCAUCGAUGACUAUUUAGCAAUGAAAAGGACGGAGGAAGAGAGGUUGCGUCUUGAAGAAGAGCUCGAAUUAGGUUUUUCAGCCUCACCUCCCAGCCGAAGCCCUCCACGUUUUGAGCUUUCUAGUCUACGUUACUCCUCACCACAAGCUCAUGUCAAGAUAGAGGAAACCAAAAAAGACUUCAGAUAUUCAACCUAUCACAUCCCAACCAAGGAGGAAACCAGUACAACUUACGCAGAACUGCGGGAACGGCACGCCCGGGCCGCAUACAGACAGGCGCGACAACGGCAGAGAAUAAUGGCCGAGAGAGAGGACGAGGAGCUGUUGCGUCCCGUCACCACCAUCCAGCGUCUCUCAGAAUACAAAAGUGAGCUUGACCACAUGUCCAAGGAGGAGAAAUCUAAAAAGAAAUCAAGACGACAGAGAGAAGUGACAGAAAUAACAGAAAUUGAAGAAGAAUAUGAAAUCUCAAAACGUGCUCAAAGAGAAUCCUCCUCAUCCAUGUCUAGACUGCUGAGACGUCGGCGCUCCCUGUCUCCAACUUACAUCGAGUUAAUGAGGCCGGUGUCUGAGUUGAUCCGGUCACGUCCACUUCCAGCUGAGGAAUACGAAGAUGACACAGAAAGAAGGUCCCCUACCCCGGAGAGAACUCGCCCACGUUCUCCCAGCCCUGUGUCUAGUGAGAGAUCUCUCUCAAGAUUUGAGAGGUCUGCAAGAUUUGAUAUCUUUUCCAGGUAUGAGUCCAUGAAAGCGGCUUUGAAGACUCAGACAACAUCAGAAAGGAAAUAUGAGGUUUUGACUCAGCAGCCUUUCACGCUGGACCAUGCACCUCGAAUCACUUUGAGAAUGCGCUCGCACAGGGUACCGUCUGGCCAAAAUACACGCUUUAUCUUAAACGUUCAGUCUAAGCCAACUGCCGAGGUUAAAUGGUACCACAAUGGCGUGGAACUCCAAGAGAGCAGUAAGAUUCGCUACACCAACAUGAGUGGGGUCCUGACCCUGGAAAUUCUGGACUGUCACACCGAGGACAGCGGAACCUACCGUGCGGUAUGCACCAACUACAAAGGUGAAGCGUCUGACUAUGCAACCUUGGAUGUCACAGGAGGGGACUAUACCACCUAUGCUUCCCAGCGCAGAGAUGAAGAGGUCCCCAGAUCUGUUUUCCCUGAGCUGACAAGAACAGAGGAAUAUGCUGUCUCGUCUUUUAAGAGAACAUCAGAGAUGGAAGCUGCUUCUUCUGUUAGGGAAAUGAAAUCACAGAUGACAGAGACAAGGGAAAGUCUCUCGUCAUAUGAGCACUAUGCAUCUGCAGAAAUGAAAAGCACUGCCUCGGAAGAAAAGUCACUGGAGGAAAAAUCCACGACCAGAAAGAUCAAGACGACACUGACAGCCAGAAUUCUAACAAAGCCACGGUCCCUGACUGUCUAUGAAGGCGAGUCUGCAAGGUUUUCCUGUGAUACAGAUGGCGAGCCGGUGCCAACUGUGACCUGGCUGCGUGGAGGACAAGUGAUAAGCACUUCUGCCCGUCACCAAGUGACCACCACGAAGUACAAAUCAACCUUUGAGAUCUCUUCAGUCCAAACUUCCGACGAGGGCAACUACAGCGUGGUGGUAGAAAACAGCGAAGGGAGACAGGAAGCCCAGUUUAAUCUGACCGUCCAUAAGGCCAGAGCUACCGAAAAGGCUGUGACGUCCCCACCGAGAGUCAAGUCCCCAGAGCCUCGGGUGAAAUCCCCAGAAGGAGUUAAGUCUCCAAAACGAGUGAAAUCUCCAGAAACAGUGACUUCUCACCCAAAAGCUGUAUCACCCACGGAGACAAAACCCACACCAACAGAGAAGGUUCAGCAGCUACCACUCUCCGGCCCACCGAAGAUAACUCGGUCCCUGAAAGCAGAGGCUGCUAAAGAUAUUGCAAAGCUGACUUGUGCAGUCGAAAGCAGCGUAUUAAGUGCAAAGGAGGUCACCUGGUAUAAAGAUGGCAAGAAACUGAAGGAAAAUGGGCAUUUCCAGUUUCAUUAUUCAGCAGAUGGUACCUAUGAGCUCAAAAUCCAUAACCUCACUGAAUCUGAUUGUGGAGAAUAUGUUUGUGAGAUUUCUGGUGAGGGUGGAACUUCCAAAACUAACUUCCAGUUUAUGGGACAAGCUUUUAAGAGUAUCCACCAGCAGGUAGCAAGCGUAUCAGAAACUAAGAAAUCCACUCAGAAAACUGCUGAGUCAACAGAAACUAAGAAAACGGAACCAAAAUCUCCUGAACAAAUUGCCUCAAAACCAGUAAUUGUUACUGGGCUGCAGGAUACAACUGUUUCUUCAGACAGCAGUGCCAAGUUGGCAGUUCAAGUUACAGGAGAACCUCGGCCAGCUGUCACGUGGACGAAGGAUGGAAAGGCUAUUACACAAGGAGGAAAAUUUAAACUAUCUGAAGACAAAGGAAGAUUCCUCUUAGAAAUUCAUAAGACUGAUACUUCUGACAGUGGACUUUAUGUUUGUACAUUAACCAAUUCUGCUGGAUCUGUGUCCUGUAGCUGCAAAUUAACAAUAAAAGCUGUAAAAGAUACUGAGGGACAAAAAGUAUCUACACAAAAGACCUCUGAAAUUACAUCUCAGAAGAAGGCAGUUGUCCAAGAGGAAAUUUCCCAAAAAUCCCUGCUUUCUGAAGAAAUCAAGAUGUCAGAGCUGAAAUCUCAAGAAAAGUUAGCCACGAAGGAGGAAGCUUCAAAGCUUCUGAUUUCUGAAGAAGUCAAGAAGUCAGCAGCAACCUCCCUGGAAAAAUCCAUCGUCCAUGAGGAAAUCACUAAAUCAUCACAGGCAUCAGAAGAAAUCAGAACUCAUGCUGAGAUUAAAGCAUUUUCUACUCAGAUGAGCAUAACUGAAGGUCAAAAAGUGGCUUUAAAAGCCAACAUCGCUGGUGCCACUGAUGUGAAAUGGGUCCUGAACGGAAGAGAGCUUCCUAACUCUGAGGAGUACAGAUACGGUGUCUCAGGCAGUGACCAGACCCUAACCAUCAAGCAAGCCAGCCACAGAGAUGAAGGAGUCCUCACCUGCAUAUGCAAAACCAGUGAAGGAAUCAUCAAAUGUCAGUUUGAUUUGACCUUGAGCAAAGAACUCUCAGAUGCUCCAGCCUUUAUCACACAGCCUAGAUCUCAAAAUAUUAACGAAGGACAAAAUGUUCUCUUUACUUGUGAAAUCAGUGGUGAGCCAUCCCCUGAAAUCGAAUGGUUUAAAAACAACAUGCCGAUUUCUGUUUCUUCAAAUGUUAGUGUCAGUCGCUCCAGAAAUGUAUAUUCUCUGGAAAUCAAAAAUGCAUCAGUAAGCGACAGUGGAAAAUACACAGUGAAGGCCAAAAAUUUCCGUGGCCAAUGCUCAGCUACCGCUUCCUUAACAGUCCUUCCUCUAGUUGAAGAACCUUCCAGAGAGGUAGUAUUGAGGACAAGUGGUGAUACAAGCUUGCAAGGAAGCUUCUCGUCUCAGUCAGUCCAAAUGUCUGCCUCUAAGCAGGAGGCCUCCUUCAGCAGUUUCAGCAGCAGCAGUGCUAGCAGCAUGACUGAAAUGAAAUUUGCAAGCAUGUCUGCCCAAAGCAUGUCCUCCAUGCAAGAGUCCUUUGUAGAAAUGAGUUCCAGCAGUUUUAUGGGAAAAUCUAGCAUGACACAACUGGAAAGCUCAACUAGUAGAAUGCUUAAAGCAGGCGUCAGAGGAGUUCCACCUAAAAUUGAAGCUCUUCCCUCGGAUAUCAGCAUUGAUGAAGGCAAAGUUCUAACAGUAGCCUGUGCUUUCACGGGUGAGCCUACCCCACAAAUAACCUGGUCCUGUGGUGGAAGAAACAUUCAAAAUCAAGAACAACAGGGAAGAUUCCACAUUGAAAACACAGAUGACCUGACAACGCUCAUCAUCAUGGACGUACAGAAACAAGAUGGUGGACUUUAUACCCUUAGUUUAGGGAAUGAAUUUGGGUCUGACUCUGCCACUGUGAAUAUACACAUUCGAUCCAUUUAAGAGGGUCGAAUACACAACUGUGCUCUUAUACUCAACAUUCACUCUUAACCUUCCACAAACAAUUCACAUGGACUAAUCUUUCUGAUCUGUAAAUAUUUUUUAAAAGUAGUUUUGUAUCAACCUAAAUGAGUCAAAGUUCAAAAAUAUUCACUUCAAUCUUUUCAUAACUGUUGACCUAAGAAUAUUAUACAUUUGCAAGUGACAUGUACAUACUGUAUAUAGCCGGAUUAACGGUUAUAAAGUUUUGUACCAUUUAUUUUAUGACAUUUUACAAUGUAACUUUUGAAACUAAUUGUUGGUAGGAGAAAGUUUCUUAUGGAACGAAUACCCUGCUCAACACUUAAUCAAUCUUUGUGCCUCAACAUACUGUUGAUGUCUAAGUCUGCCUCAGUGGGUUGAGAAAUUCCCCACUGAAGAUGUCCUGUCCACCUAAAAGAUGAGAAUACUGUGCACGUCACCUGAUAUGUGCACCAAUACCUAUUGAAUCAGAAAUGUAAGGCAUUGGUGAUGUUUGCAUUUACCCUCCUGUAAGCAACACUUUAACGUCUUACAUUGCCUCUGAUGAUGUCACACUCAAAAUUAACAUGACUUAAAUAUUACCAGGGCAAAGUGUAACGGCCAACACUUUGUUCGCCCAUUUUACACUGUCUCUGACACAGAGAGUGCCUGGAUAACUUGGAAAAGUAACAUCUCCUGGCCAUCCCUUCAUUGAACCAAGUUAUUCAAGUAUUCCUAUGCCAGAGCAGUGCCAGCUCUUGGAGGUCCUGGGGUGCAGCCAAUGCCUUUGUGUGGUAGCUCUAAAUUUAAAUUACACUUAAAAAACCAGGGCACCUAAGCAAUGAGCCACAGCAAACAAGAAAGAACAACAAAAUAAUGCUGUUGUUAAAUUAAAAACAAGAAUAAUAUUACUAACUGCCCAAAGUGUCAAUUUGAGGUAGUUCCUUUCAUGCAGGUAUCAAUUCAAUUGUUAGUUCUAAUUGUUGGACCUCCUGGAGAUAGUAACAACAAAAUAAAGCAAGCUAUCUGCACCUCAAAA